AUGGAUGUUAGAGAGGUUGAAGAAUUAACUAGUUUCUUGAAGGAAUCAGGUGUUUGCACUGAUAAACUUUGUUUAAUUUCUUUAACGAGGGAUUUUCAGGACAUUUUAACCUCUGUGAAGGUGCCAUCAGGAUGGAAAGAUAGAGGUUACACACUUGAGCCACAUCAUACAACAUACAAAUUCCGCCAUAAAUUGGUCAGAAAUUUCCUUGAGAAAAAGAAAUCUGUGGGCUUUGAGGUAACAAGCCGCGACUCAUCCAAACAGUUUGUUUGUGACCUCAAAGGCUAUUUAGAUUCAGAAUGUGGAAAAACUUUUCCUGAUUUUGACCUUGAUCUUCGAAGCAAGCUCAAUAUUGAUUUGUUUGAGCAAAACAUUAAACUUCAAGGUGUCGUAGUUUGGAAAUCUGAUGAAAGGGCAGCAGCUUUUGUUUUGGUUAAAAAGGAGGAAUGCAGAAUACAGAGAGGCUCUGGCCGUUUCCUGCCAUCUGAUGAACUCUUUGUUAAGAUUGAUGAUAACAGUGUGGUGGAAGGAUUUCAUGUUAAGGUGGCCAUUGGAGACAUUGUUGAAGUGACAGAGUGCAGAAGGAAGAAAGUAACUGCACUGGAACUAGAGAUAAUUAAGUAGGUUAACGAAAAGGUUUUAUAUGUAGCCCACUUUUGAUAGUAUGAUAAUUCAGGUUUAUUAGCUAUCUAACACUUAAAUCAUUAUUCUGUCUAGUAAAGCCUUUGCAGUGUCAUGAGAAAAAAAGCCAUUUUUAGCAGUAAAAAAUAUCUUAUAAUUACAUAAUUAUUUUCAAUCUAUUUCGUUUCCAUGGUUGCUUCUAGAUAACUUGAAAUCAAAUACAGUGAAGUGUGUAAAACGUUAGCAGAGGAAAUGCUUUAUAAGGCACAAUUGAUAAGCUAAUAUCUUUUUCUUCAAAGACAUGAGAUACGGGAAGAUUUUGAAAACCUCAGUUUAUUCUGUUAGUUUUUUAGGGAUAAUAAUGACGCAAUAACCUGAUGGGUAAUUCUUAGCUAGCCCAAAGAAGAGAAGGGAGUUUGAGCCAGCAAUCCCAGGACCAUAAGAAGUAGCCGCUGUAAUGACAUUGUACAAUUAAUGUAGCGAUAUAGUGGCUCCUCUUGCAGAAUACGACCAAUCAAACACAUGAGUUCCUUAAUGCAUUGAAAUUUUACAAUGUUACAUCUUUUAACUUGUUAAUUCUUUUUGUUUACAGGCACUUUGAUCUUAGCUGGGCAGAAAUUGAGUCAUUUCUAAAGCAUUUAUCAAACUGUGCUCAAAAUAGUGGCUCAUCUGCAACUGUGACUGAAAUUAAAAGGUGUGUAUGUGUUACAGGUCAAAAUUAAAUUUACUAUAGGUUAAAUUUUUUUAAUUCAGAUUGAUUCUCAAUUUCCUUUGUCUCCUAGCCCCUACUAUUCAUAAAUUAUUCUCUAUAGUAUGGGGUGCCCAAUCUGGGUGUUGGAGGGGUAAAGAGUCAGGUGUUCAGGUUCCCAUUGAAGACUCAUAUAUCUUUAUUCAGAUUUACAUUAGUUAAAGAAAUUGACUUAUUUCGCGUCAUUCUUUUCUUCACCUGAACUUAGUAACAACCAGCUUUCUUCAUUUUAUAAAAACGCAAGGUGUUUAAUUGACUUCACAAUUUUUUGCACUUUAGCAGUAUGCAGGACACAUAAUAUGAACUGUGUAAAUGGCCAAGCUGUCCAUGGGUUUCCCCAUUAUACUUUGGAAUUAGCCCAUAAUAAUUAUUCAGUGGCUGGAGUGCCUCACUGGUACACGAAUUUAAGACUUUGAGGCGUGCAUAGAGAAAUUAGAAAAAUAUGGGCGGGGUUGCGAGGCUCACAAGUUCUGACAAUAAUUUGCAAGGCAUUUUUUUUAAAAGGAAAUUCCAGAGUGGAAACAAAAAGAAUUUUUUAGCUUAUCCCUCUAAGGGAUGUUGUAGCAGUACUUAGAAUUAAAACUAUACUAUCCCAAAAACAUUUCACUUGCAUGAUAAAUAUUUUUAUGCAAAUAUAAUCAAUUAAUCCCCCACAACUGAAUUUGAUAACUAGAAGGUGGAAUCUACUAACCCAACCACAGAAUCUACUGUCCCUAGGUGAUCAGACACAACUUUUCAUGAAUGUGUGCUCUCAUUCACAACCUCAGCACAUGUACAAACUGUAUGACUUUUUUUUUUAUGGAUGGCAGGUUUUCCGCAGUUUGGGAGUACAUUCUUGAUCUUUCCAAGAAAGAUUACACAAAUGAGAUGAUUCUUCAGAUUUUAGACAUCAUUGACAAGAUUUGUUCAUGUGUUUCAAUGUCACAAACGAUCAGUGGAAUUAUCCGAAAAUUUCAGCAAAGUGCAUUCUUUAAAACUGGUUUUCCAGAGUUUGUACAUAAAGUGGUUGGGGAGCCAAAGAAUGUCAGGUACAGAUUAUAAUCAUACAUUGCAUAACAGAAGAUUAGAAUGAGCUUCUAUGCAGUGAUUAACAAGUACAUGUACAGUAUUGACCAUGUAUAAGAAGCUGCCAUCUAGCUGACACAGUGCAUGUAUAGCAAGUUUUUUUUUUUUUUUGCUCAAACUACCUCAGCUUUUAAAACGUAAGACGUUAUUUACAUUAAUUGAGGAUGACUCUUUCAAAUGAGAAUCUUUUAUUUAGUAAAGGUUAAAAAUCUCCCCAUUUAAGUAUAGUUGUAUAGUACUUGCAUUUGGCUGCAGUAGAUUGACACUAACCUUUAGUUUUAAUCAGUAUUAGAACAUGUUUUUGCAUCAUUAUUUUAAGUAGCUUGGUUCAGAGGAUUCUGGAACAUGUCAUCAUUGCUGUUCCUUCAUCUGGUUUGCAAGUGAUGCAAAUGGCAACUGCCCUCUCUCAUAACCAACUAAAGAGUUCCAGUGGCGUUGAAGAAAAAGACAAGAAUGGACAUUCAGCCAUAGACUUCCUUUCAAAGCUCUCAUCAGUCCUUGCGUCAGAAGUACCUGGAGCGCGAAAAGAUGUUGAGUCAUUGCCUUGGAAGAAACUUCCACUGAUACCUGUUACAGAGGAGAUUCACAAACUGAGUAUGUUAAAGAGUGUUUCAUACAAUGUAAUGCCAUGUCGAAUGUUGAUAUAGGCCAUUCAACUUAUUGCUGAACGUUGCUGAUCAAUGCUAGACAAGUCAGUAAAGAAAUGAGCUUUAUUUCGUUCAAUUUGUUAAGCAAUGCCGUAAAUCUUUUAAAAAUGAUGAAUUUCUUGUCUACGCAUUCAACAAGCUGAAAUAACACCCAUCGUUUUUUCGAAAACAAGUGUAGAACCAUGUUGAAGCAUCUGUCUCUGACAGGCUUGAGAUUUGGACAAAAGGGGUAACUUUCUUAGGAACUGGUGUUGCGGCGGAGGGAGAGUGAAAAUCCUAAGUCAAAAAAUUUUUACCUACAAUGGUUGAUUCUUAAUUUUCUUUGUCUCGUAGGGCUAAGGCACAGAGGGAAUUGAGAAUCAACUUAGGUUAAACCAAAUUAAAGUGAAAUCAAAUUUGACUGGUAAAAUAUACGCUUUUAGUGUUUAUUCUGUCAGUUAACACAUGGGAGGGGCCUCUAUGUACUGGUAAUUCCAGACUUUCUAACGCGUAUUACAUUAAACGAGAGUACAUUUCAUCAGGACUGGUCCCAUUUCAUACUUUUUACAUUGUGUAUAAUAACUGGUCGUAGCGAUAUGAUUCCUUUAUUCAGCCACUUAAUCUUGUAUUGAAACUUGGGUGUAGAAAUGUGAAGUGCACCUGGGGAACCAACAGUAACGAGCAGUGGCAAAUAAAAUCCAUUCUACCGUGCUGUACAUGCUGCUCCUUGAUCGAACACACAUAUGCAUCAUCUCGUGUUUGAAUUAAAUUGCAGGAGAAAAGACAGAUGACUUGCCAGUGGUUAGAAAAGAUACCAAGUACAAAUCAGAAGAGGAAUACUUAAACACGUACUUUAGACUUCUCAGAGAGGAAUGUUUUUACAAAUUGAGGAAAGGAAUCAAUGACUUUGUGAAGAGUGGACAGAAAUGUGAUUCAAAGGAAAUGACAGUGUACAGGUAACUCGAAAACGUACAUGUAUGUACGUAUUAUUGUUCCUAGAAAUUAUAUGCUUGCUUGAUUUUCAGGUACUCUUUCGGCCUACCCUUUUUCUAAAAGGCUCUCCAUGAAGAUGAAGCACCUCAGUUGUAGUUCAUUCAUCAAUCUCUUUCUUAAGCGAUAGCAGCCUCUGAUCGUCUUCUAACUAUGGUUCGGCAGGAUCAGGGGAAAGAUAUCUUCCAAGGAAUAACCACUUCGUAAUGUCGAUCGCGAAGCCUGACUGACCGCCCCUUGUUGCUCAUGAUACUGAUGGCCUUCCGUCGCCUUCGCCAUGUUGCCGCCAUUCGCCGAUAUCCAAAUUUAGCACGGCUCAUUAAGCACGGCUUAUUCUGCCAAGCGGUCUUUUAAUUGUCCAUUGAAACAUAGCCUUGACAAUAUGCAGACAUCCGUCGUUACUUUCUCUUAUACCCUUAGGCCUGCAAUACUUCAGGUGCAUCAAAUCCCUUCAGGAAUUCAAUUUAAGCGUCGACACGAGGCACGUGGAUACCUUUCGGACAAGGCCAUCUAUCCACGUCGUUUUUGCGCGGGAUGAUAUGUACUGUAACAGGACGCUUUGACCUUGAAAACACGUUCGGUAGGGCGUUAUUUCCGUACAGUUCGCUGAUUUCCAAGCACUCCACUAGACUUUGGUAUUUGACGUUCUCGCUACCCAAAGUUGUCAGCGACAAGUUGCCUUCAUUCCGGUUGCACCAAGACGUUUUAUCAGCUGAUUAAUGCAGAACGAUGUGUCAGAACCUCGAUCAAGUAAUGCUCAAGACUCAACUAUUGUUCUCUUUCCUUUCGCUCUGACUUUGAUGGGAACUUCCCCCAGACCUUCGGAUGAACUUCUGGUCCCUAUAGAGCUACAUAGUUUUUCUCUAACUCCAACAAAGCAAUCAUUUGCUGGGACUUUUGGCUCUUCGGAUCCAGUACCGCUUGGAAAAGGGUCGAGUUGCGGCUCACUUCUCUCACACUGCUGUCUCUUCGGAUGAAAGAGGAUAGUUUGUUUGCGGUGCUUCACCUCCCAACUGGGAAGUUGGCAAGACUUCUCUCUUGGACAAGCUUUGACCAUGUGCCCUGACUAAAGGCAGUUGUCACAGAAACCCUUUUGAGUUUUCACGCGGAAACUUGUGCCUUUAUUCGUAGGACUUUCCUGUAAACAGAUUUCAACAAGUCAGCAAGUGAUAGUGAUCACCUUCACAUAUUGGACAUUUGAGGCUCGACUUGACUGGAACCGUACCCUCACUACCGUUUGGACGUUCUGUCUCGUCAUCGAGUAAACUACUUUUUUUUGUUGUAUUUUUUUACAAGUUUUGAAGAAAACAAAAUUUGAUUUCUUUACAUUUUAUACCAGUAUCCUUCGGAGCCGUUUGUGUUUCGUCACGCAAAGUUCCUCCGAGCGCUGCGUUACGACACCAAAAAACGGCCGCUAGGAGACCAAGGGCGUGUUCGAUUGACCGUAUUGCGGAAUAAGAAUAAAUAGAAUAAAGUCAAGAAAUAACUUAUUCUGGCCUUCAUUGCAUUGCAAAAUAUAGAAAUCUGCUUGAAAUAAAAUUUUCCUAGUGUUUGAGUGGUCCAAAAAAUUACAGGGCAACAAAACUUUUGCGUAUUCUUAUUCCAGAAUACGAUCAAUCGAACGCACCCUAAACAUUUAGGUUAAGGUGAUUGUUUGCAUGUUAAAGGAAUAAGCCAUCUUUUUACCUUAGUGAUUCACUAUCAACGUUUGAUUCCAUCUUUUAUAUGUCUUGCACAGAAAGAAAGAGAUUUGUAUCGUCGACAAAGAGAAUAGUGAAUAAGAUUAUUGGUAAAAUAGGCCAUUUGCACUAUUGCAUAUUUUACUACUACAACCAGUAACAAAUCAUAAGAAAGCAAAAGAAAGCAAAACCCUGAAGGAUUCUGGUCGUAGUAGUAAAAAAACGUCAUCAUGCAAAUGGCUUAUUAGCAAGGUCAUUAAUUUUAAAAUAUAAAUUACCAAAAGUAAAGGCCCAAAAACUGAUCUCUGUGGUGCCCCACAUGUAACGGGCAUAGAUGUAGAUAUAUCUUGAUUAUUUUCAACGAUUUGUUUUCUAUUUGUGAAAUAAUCCUUUAACCAUCUAUGAUAAUUGGCAUAGAAAUACGAUUUCUGCCGAAGAGUGGGGUGAUUGACUACGAAUAUACCAGUAGUGUACUCAUUACUUUCGGCAGCUUUUGUUAAAAGAUUUAUUGAAUCAUCCCCGUUAUAUAUUUCACCUGCAGGGUUUUUCUACGUGGUUGUUCAACUUGUCACGAGGAAUCUCCAACUGUUAUGUCAAUUUCAAUGGAGUAUGAGUUGCCAGAGUCACAAGACGAGAGUGAGAGCGAGUGAGUAGUGCUUUGAUUAUGCUUGUUAUAGAACGUUUCAUUCAUUGUCAAACAGUCUUAUCUGUCUAUAUACCAUCCAAUCCCAUGUCAAUAUCGGAUAAACCGUAGCCUCCUAUGUGCAGACCCUUCUACUUAGCCCAACGAGAUUAACUCGUUUUGGAUGUGCAAUUCAGAAUUUGAGUUGUCUACAUAAUCUACAACCGCCAUUUUCUCUUACUAAUACAGUAGGUAUCUUUCAGCCAUAUAUCUGAGACAUAUACCAUGCUUUUUUUUUCUUCUUUCCCAUUCGGUUCAAUCUGAUCUUCAUGAUAAAGGAAUACGGCUAUCACAUCUUAGUCCUAUUCUAGUUAGCCUAUGUAGCAGUCGUUUCCGUUUCCUGUGGCCAAGCAGGAGAAACUAAGGAGACGCGCUAGGGCAUGGGGUGAAAAGGAGAAAAAAGAGCGAGGGUGGGAGGGAGGUAUGACAACACAAUGAAACACCUGUACUUGACAGCAGACAUCUUACCGAACACGGCCAAAUGCUUUCGCUCCCAAAGGACAUCACCUGUCAAGUUAACUGCCACAUGAGAAACAAUUAUUUUUUAACACUUACGGGAAAAGACAGUGCAAGAAAUCUUUUUAGCUUGCCAGGGAAAUUUUUUAUUGCCCGAGAAAGGAUGUAAAUGUUGUUUAAAAUGAACGAAAAUCAAAACAGGUUCCAGAUAGAAAGCGAUCUUGGUCAAGAGCAAAUUUGUUUAAUCCUUCCAAAAGAGCAGACAGUCAUGGAAUCAUGCUAGCGGAUGAUUUAAAAAGAGGUGGUAUUUCCUUCCAUCGUGACGAGAACUAUUCAAAUUGCUUUUGGAAUACUUGCGGCAGAAAAAUGCGCAAUUUGAGCGUUUUAUAUGCUCCUGUGCAAGGAAUAUUCACGAAACCUCCGCUGAGAAAAAAAGGAAAAAAAUAAUUGCUUAUAGACUGUUUUAUUUAAGGGGUCACCGGAUAAAAAAGGUCUCCUGGAAAAUAGCUAGUAGAUCCCUUUCCUUUGUCAACGAUGCUAAUCUGCCUCUCUCUUCACGAUUGAAUACUGAUGAUUUACGCAUUGAUUAGUACACUCCUGUUACUUCUGAGAAGAAGGUCGGCGAAUUAUUCAUAAUUUUAGCUUUCGGGUUGCUUUCUUCGGUACUGUCCGCUACGCAGCUAACGAUCUUUUUUUAAAAAAAGAGAGUGAUGUAAUUUUUCUGCAGCCACGUCUUUAAGCGAAGCUUGGGGAAGAAAUCUGCUGUCAAACCCACUGGUCUUUCAUUACGCCUAGAGGACAAUAAACUUAAAAUAUUUUCUUUGUGACACCGACGAGAAAGUGAAAUAUUGUGUUGCCGAACCAAUCCUUAAAACUGACAGCACAUUCUUACCGCUCUUGAUAGCAGCCCCAGUUACUUCGGUUUGAGCUUUAGAAGUUUCUUGCAGAAAUUGUCGAGAGCGACCUGGAAGAUCUGACUUGCGCGAAACGCAUAAUAUUUAGAUCAAUGGUUUGGAUUGACGGACGAAUGAUCAAUCGUGAUAUAUCUUUGUCUUCCGAACGGCGUUCGGUAAAAUGUCUGGGCUCGGUGGGAGGCUUUUCCUUUCUUUCCCCGCCCUUCCCCCGCUACACUUUGCUCGUACUCGUGCGUCUGCUGCGUUUUUCCCGCUUGGCUAAAAGAAAAAGUAAACGACUGCGUCGCAGGCUAUAUUCUAGUCAGUCCCUUCUCGACGUAUAUAAAUCUUGUUGGCCUUCCCGUUUCAUCUGUUUCUAGCUUAUUUGAUCCCCUCUCAUUCUUUAUAGUGCAGCAUUUCAUCAUUAGCAUACAUAACAUACAUAACAUAAUUUAUAUAGCGCUAACUCCACUAAUUGACCAAAGCGCUUUACAAUUCAUAGUAUUAAAAUAAUUAAGAAGAUCCCACUGGUGAUAAAAUAUGAAUAAAUUAAAAACCUAUUAGCAGACUUAUUUAUAAAAAUAUCACAAUAAAUCCUAUUCAAAAUUAUCGAAAAGUUAAACAUUAUAUGCUUUUUUAAAAAGAUCAGUCUUUAAGUGUUUCUUGAAUAAAUUAAUUGUAACUAAACUUCUAAGAUCUAAUGGCAGCUCAUUCCAGAGUUUAGGUGCAGCAACGGAAAAUGCCCUGUCUCCGUAUGUUUUAAGUCUUGACUUCGGAACUGCCAGAAGUUUUUGAUCAGUAGAGCGUAGCGUACGUGAACAUGUACGAUAACUAAGUAAUUCCGUGAUAUAUAAUGGUGCCAUACCAUUUAGCGCUUUAUAAACUAACAAUAAAAUUUUAAAAACAAUCCGAAAAUGAACAGGUAACCAAUGCAGUUGAAUCAAUACAGGGGUGAUAUGAUCAAAUUUCUUGGUUAAAGUAACGAUACGAGCAGCCGUGUUUUGCACAGACUGCAAACUACCUAUCGUAUGCUUAGGGAGGCCAUACAAUAAAGAGUUACAAUAGUCUAGUUUAGAAGUAACAAACGCAUGAACAAGAAUUUCCGUAGUUUCCUCAGUGAGGUACCAUUUUAUACAAUCCUUCAUUUUAGUGGAUAGCGUCAUUUUCAUUCGAGGCUUUCAUAAGUUUCCAUUUCCAUCUAUCCAGGCAUGCACAGGGGCUAUUGUAUGGCAGUUUAUUGUGUAUCUCAUUGGAUGGCACUUUUCAAGAACCUGUUUGGGCAGUGGUCGAGGGCCACAUCGCUAGCGAAAGGUUUGCUAUGUACAUGUACGGUUGUUUUCCACGAAAUGUGUUCCAUAAACCGGUUACGCCUUCCUCCUCCCUCUAUUCUGACCAUUUUAACCCUGGGACGUGCUAGGGGGGAGGGGGGGGGGGGGGGGGUCUGAAUUUUUUCCUAGUUGGUGAAACAUCAACUCCUGACGUUUUCAGAAGCUGUUCCUUUUAAUCGUUUAUCCCUUGCACGCAUUUUGAGGCAAGCUUUGUGAUGGUCAGUUACUAUGGUUACGAGAUAUGACGUAAUAAGUAGCAGGUGGUCAAGCCAUUUUUCAGUGAAAAUGCAUGUUUUUCAAUUUCCUUCAACAAUAAAAGUGAAACUGUGGUUAAAAUAAUGCAGAGUGCUUAUUUAUGUGUUAUUUUACAUGUCAAGGGCAAAAAAAUUACCAUUUCUCGUGGUUUUAACGUGAUUUCUAAUUCUUGAUAAAAUCCAAGAUGGCGACCAUGUUUGGUGACGUCACAGACCUCCAUCAGCGCCACCACCCAUAAAAUAUACCUCAUCUUGUUGAGAAGACCAAAGGCUUUCCACUGAAGGCAAAAUCGUUUCGAAAUACUGCAACAUAUCCAAAACUCUAGGGAGGGGUUCCCCCCCCUCUACCACGGUGGGGGUAUGAAUUUGCGUGUACGUCCGAGGGUUAAUGAAAUCUCUUCAACGGGACUUUGCUGUGGUAAAGAUUACUGAUCAUGCAGCAUAAGGUGGUUUUAACUUUGCAGUCUGAAAAUGAAACCCUUGUGGUACUGUUCAUGAUUGUGCUGUACAAUAGGGGCCUAAACGUGAGUAAAAUUCUUAAGUCAGACUUACAGGAACCCUUUUUGGAUAGUGUGCAAAUAUAUCUGUAUUAAAAUUUGCUAAUUCAUGAUUUUUCAGGAUUGUCAAGAUAACCCUCUGUGAAAAAGCCAAUGUCAUGUUGGAGCCACAGUUCAUUGCAAAGAUGCAGGAGAUCACCAACGAAAGUAAGUCAGUUUAACGGGUCCAUGAUGUUUUCAUCUUACAGGUGAGACAUAGAGCCCUGCGCGAACGCAACUUUUGGGCGCACAGAGUUUCGGCUAUUAACACCGUCCAUUUGAUUGCUCACUCUAGAUAACAGAGCAUUCAUGGCUGAAAGUCAAACAUUCUAUCUAUCCUAUGCUCCCGCCAUGGAAAUUCUCCAGCACAGAGGUAUUACCUUUUAGUACAAUGGUGGCUUAUUAUUAUUUUCACCAUUAAUUUGCGUAAUUUUAAUAAUCCACUCGCGGCACGUGGUUCUGAGUAAAAGAAGGGCGACCGCUCGUGGUCUAUAUAUUAUCAUUUUUUUUUUCUUAGUGGUAUAGGUUUUAUAUCAUGAUAGCUAUUCAUAGACACCAAAAAAGAAAAAAAAAGAGCAUUUCUUUAUAAUUAAUGAAUACCCCAAGAUGACCCUUGAAUACCCUUAAUUUUAAGUCACGUCGUCCCUUCAUCAGUUAGCUAUUAAUCAAGCCAUCAAUUCAUCAUUCUAUUCUAAUCAAUUUUAAGUCCGUUUUAGUUUUCUUUCGCGCUUGUCCUUAUAGUACAUGCUUAGCCAUCAACUACUAGUACAAGUCAAGAACGAGAAGAUGUGGUGCUGCUACUCGAUGUCCUUAUCGAUACUAAAACUUUCUAUUUUCGGCAAGUCUAUCACAAGGGAACAUUGCAUUAGUGAUUUUCAAACAAUGUCGUCCUACGUUGUUUGUAGAUCAUGUUCCAUUCAAGGAGUACUUGGUUUAUCCAGAUCCAAAGCACAUGGAACCCCCAGAGUACAUGCAAAAAAUUAAACACCCUCCAGACUGGGGAAUUAUUUUUGAAAAGGAACCACCCUCUGAAUGUAGUCAUGAGGAUGAGUCUCCUGCAGAUUACUCACUUGUGAAGGACUUCGAUGGAAUACGCCUUAAUAGUUCUUACAAGUGCAAACUUGAUGAAACACAGUUGGCUGCAGUUGAACUGGCCUUAAAGAAUAGGCUGGUGUUAAUCCAGGUAACUAUGAAAAGUGUAUAGCUGGUUUAAAUUGUAUUACUUACAAGUAAACCCACACAUCAUCUGAUUUUCAAGGCACUGCUUUAGGUGGUAAGCAGUAAAGAAUACAUUUUGAAAACAAAUUCAGCAGUUCAGUUAAAUAACUAAGGGAAUGGCAAGUAUGUAGUAAACUAUUCACACAAAAGUGUUUUGGGUCAGGCCUUAGGAUGAGAUGAAGUCUGGCUCAGGUAAGUUCGUCUUAUGAGUUUGGAUCGUCGAAAACGUUCUAUCCGUCUGCUUCAGACGGAUAGAACGUCUGAAGAUCGUCUCCGGGACAAACGUACAUCUUCACCUGCGAUAGCUUCGUUUGGCUAAAAAUGCUUUUUGGUAUGAUUCAGUUGAUUGGUUCGACGUAUCUGGCCCAACAGACGAUCUUAACUUAAUUUAGGUCGACCCAAAUUAGAGUUUGGUUCGUCUUAUGAAAGGUUCGACGUUUGGCCUAGGCCUCAUAAAAUUCUCUCUUCGUCAUAGACAUUUGCCCAUUCAUUGGAGGUGGAAGGAGUUUGAGGUAACAGAGUUCAAGAGAGAAGGAGCCCAUUCUCUCUUGCUUAGCUCUUCGAUACGUGGGGAUAGCUAGCCUGUGUCGCACACGUAAUAUAGCCCGUCAACCGAAAAUAUUAGUUAACUAAAUUGUUCUAAUUACCUUCAUGAACUGGCUUAUUGACAUUGUAAAUUUUACAGGGACCACCAGGGACUGGGAAGUCUUUUGUGGGCGUGGCCCUAGUGCGCCUUCUUUUGUCUAUGAAAGUACCUGAGCUAUAUGGACCAAUCUUGGUAAGACAAUUGGCAAUUAAGCACUGAUAGAGAUUGCAAAAUCAGUCUACCAGCCUAAAAAAUGCCAUUUAUAUAUUUUGCUCUUACAAACUGAACCUUAAAAGGUGAUCAACACGAUUCAAGUUAGCCGACUGUGUUACGCUUUCGAAAACCCAGUUAUCACAGACUGCGAGCAGUCUCGCUGUUUUCCGUCGGGCGAAACGUGCGAGAGAAGAAAACAGCCACACCUGUGAGGCUGAAGGAGGGAGAGGUGCGAAAAAAGAGAGACUAGUCCAAGUGAUUUUUCGGUGCAAAAUUUACAUGUAAGUAACCGUACCCAACAGAACUCCAUCUUUUUCCUGUACCCCGUCAUUUAAGCCGCAGGAGAUGUUUUCAAAGCGCAUCUAAACCUCGAUUUUUGUUUUGCACUUCCUUUCCCAAAGGAUAAACUUGAAAAAUGGCCUACUUUAGUGUAAGAUGGUUGUGGGUCUACGCAGCCGCGAGCCUAUGGCUCAUUGUGUACAAACACCGCGUAUAGAAAAACAACAGGUAGAAAGAAAUACGAACAACAAUGGUUCGUACGAGAAAACACCAAAGUUAUAUAAUGAUGAAGAAAGGUUACUUCAGCAAGUGGCAAUGUGGAAUUAGCAGCGUGCAUAACAGUAUCACGUGUUUCCUAUGACAGCGGUGCAUGAAAACACGACCGUGUUGUCAGAGGAAUCGGUUCCUCUUUCGAGACGCGUGCAGAUGCUUUCACUGCUUUCACACACGCCUCACGCGGUAACGAAAUAAGUGGUGCAUAGGCUACGGGGUCCAGAUAAGAUUAUGUUGUAACUUUGAAGAAAAAGAAAAAUCAAUUGAGUGUUUUUUUUUUUCUUACUUUUCACCGAUUUUAAGCAACAUAUAAUAAAAACUGUAGUUAUAAUAUUAGCAUACUGGAACAUGGAAAGUUAUUGUAUACUUCAUUGUGUGCUCUCUAUAGGUAGUUACUUACAAGAAUUAUGCUUUGAACAACUUCUUGAAAGAAUGUCUCCACAAAGUUUCUUCGCCCGAUGUGAAGAUUCUGCGUGUUGGAAGGUUGGGUAAUGAAGAUUCGGAUAACGAAUUGAAGAAAUGUUUGUUGAAAGAGGUUAGUUCACACGAGUUGCUAUCAGUUAUCUGUUUUUACACAGUUAUAAUAAGUAUUUGUAAAGGAUAUUUUAAAGCGUAUUCUCGCGGCUAGCUUGAAAAGCUCAUGUUUAGUUUCUUCGACCGGACGUAUCAGAGACCUUCCAAUCCGGAAGACGUAGCUUCUUAUUGAUUGUAGAAAAUUAUUAUCGUAUGAGUCUUAUAUUGCUAUUUUAACUUACCUUUGCUGUAGCCCACCACUCAACUAUCAAGCGUGUGGGUUACUUGUGGACUGUAGUAAAUAUCCCAUACUAUUUACCUCGCAGCUAGUCCCUGGUGUGGUUUUAGUGAAAACAGUUACACUUCAACAAAGACUGCGUGAGGUUUCUCGUUUGAUACCAGUAGAUCUUGAUGAAUAGACAGUCGUUUUUAAAAAGAGGUCGUUGAGUCUCAUAUACCAGGGCUGGGUUAAGAUAACCCAGGAUUAGUGCGAAAUUUAGAAAUUAGAUAUAAAAGCUUAAAAAUCUAAUUCAGUUUAAUUAUAUUCGUCUACAAUUAUAUGUUUGGGAUAUGCUAAAACGAAAAGAAAAACUGACCGAGGAAAUGCUAUUAAGGUGACUCGACCCAGUUUUUUUUGGGGGGGUACCAUCCUACUUUGAAGCUCUCUGGUAUCCCCACCUUUACUUUUAUCGUAAGUCUAACACAUAGAAUGGAUAACAUAUAGAUCAAUCUACAAUAUAACAUAAAAUUUUUGGCGAUCGGAGUAAAUGUCACGUGGUUAUAAUGCCACGCCCCUUUGAGGUCUGAGUCGAAAAUCUGCUGUUGCCAGCAUUUUUUCGUGAAAAUCUCUCGGCUACACAUAGUGCGCAUUAGUGCCUUGCGCUGAACAGAGUUUCACCAAAAUCGCAAAGACCCAAUUCGAGAAAUUCAGCAGUUUCCAAAUUUAGGUCAUAAUUUAUGCGAAAAUGAUAAGCAAACUUUACACGGAUUAUGUCUAAUAAACUAUGAGAUUCAUCUCUGUAUUUUGGGCAUCGUUAUAACAGAUGGGUCCUUGCAAGUCAGCAAAACGCUUUAGGGCCUUGUAAAUGCGCGCGAUUUCGAGCAAAGCAAACAUAUAGAAAUUAUAGUUUUCGCUAUUUGUUGACGUUUGUCAGCGUUUGAGAGUCCUUCUCACGAAAAAAGCAUUUUCUUAAAAAUUCGUAGUUUUUUUUCCUUCAAAUUUUUUCAGGGCCACAAUUGAUUAACUAACUACCCGGACUCUGAAUUUCAUGGUCAUUGAAAAACUGUGACAUUAUCUUCUAUAAGCCCAAACUUGAGUAAAAAUUGAAGAUUUUUAGCGUUUUGGCUGAGUUUGUGCUUUGGGAGUUGUCUAUUGUUUCUAAUCUGUCAUUAUACAGCAUUCUUGUUCAGCACGCGUGCAAUGACCACGCUUGGCUGACUUCCGAAUGCUCACCGAGAUAUUCCCGUCACGAGUUGGUUUAAUUAUUGGCUUGCAUUGAACCUAUGAAAAAAUGAUAUUUUUGUAAUAGUAAGUAGACUUAGUGUGUAGCACUUCUUGAUUUUUUUGCAAAGACACAAGAAGCACGAGAAUUGAUUAAAAAUUGUUAGUUAAACCUCUAUGUAUCACGCGAUGGCCUGUCUCACUGUACCAAAUUUAUAAUAUCUCGGUGAGAAUUCGGAAGUCAGCCAAGCGCGGUCAUUGCACGCGUGCUGAACAAGAAUGCUGUAUAAUGACAGACUAGAAACAAUAGACAACUCCCAAAGCACAAACUCAGCCAAAACGCUAAAAAUCUUCAAUUUUUACUCAAGUUUGGGCUUAUAGAAGAUAAUGUCACAGUUUUUCAAUGACCAUGAAAUUCAGAGUCCGGGUAGUUAGUUAAUCAAUUGUGGCCCUGAAAAAAUUUGAAGGAAAAAAAACUACGAAUUUUUAAGAAAAUGCUCUUUUCGUUAGAUUGACUCUUAAACGCUGACAAACGUCAACAAAUAGCGAAAACUAUAAUUUCUAUAUGUUUGCUUUGCUCGAAAUCGCGCGCAUUUACAAGGCCCUAAAGCGUUUUGCUGACUUGCAAGGACCCAUCUGUUAUAACGAUGCCCAAAAUACAGAGAUGAAUCUCAUAGUUUAUUAGACAUAAUCCGUGUAAAGUUUGCUUAUCAUUUUCGCAUAAAUUAUGACCUAAAUUUGGAAACUGCUGAAUUUCUCGAAUUGGGUCUUUGCGAUUUUGGUGAAACUCUGUUCAGCGCAAGGCACUAAUGCGCACUAUGUGUAGCCGAGAGAUUUUCACGAAAAAAUGCUGGCAACAGCAGAUUUUCGACUCAGACCUCAAAGGGGCGUGGCAUUAUAACCACGUGACAUUUACUCCGAUCGCCAAAAAUUUUAUGUUAUAUUGUAGAUUGAUCUAUAUGUUAUCCAUUCUAUGUGUUAUACUUACGAUAAAAGUAAAGGUGGGGAUACCAGAGAGCUUCAAAGUAGGAUGGUACCCCCUAAAAAAAACUGGGUCGAGUCACCUUAAACAAAAGAAUCAGAAACCCCGGCUUAGAGCUGAUCGGCCUUCGAACAACUGGCCGCAGAUUAAUAUGUUUUUUUUUUCUUCUUCAAACUUAUUAUCUUUUCCUAAGGUGGGGCGCUAUUGGCCUGAAAGAUUGUUCAAUCAAAAGAGAAAGUUGAAAGCGCAGAUUUGGGCUCUGCAACCAAAAGUGCGAGAAGCGUACGAAAACCUUCGGAUAUCAAGUCGUUUCUGUGCAGAUAUGUUAUUGAAGGUAAGACAUUUAGGUAGUGGUAAACGAAGUAAAGAAGGCGAUGGAAGGAACAAAAUAUUAUUCCGACCUCUGAUCGUGGAGAUGACGACUGUAAUGUACUGAGUGUAUAACCCUAAAAGCAUAUUUCCUGUUACUAUUUUUUUUUUCUCAACCGCGAAAGUUGAAACGCAACCUGACAGCAGUAGAGCCAAACAGAAUUUCUUUUCUUUUUCUUUUAAUCAACCAUACCAAACUUGAAUCGUUUUUUUUUUUUUUUUAAAUAAAGGAAGCGUCUAAAGACCAAAUAAAGUGCCUUUUGGUUGACAACAAAAAGAAGACAGUGACAGAAUAUGAUGUGGAUGCAUUGAUCAACGAGCAACCCAAAAGUAAAGCGAGACUGAAAGGUGCUUCCUAUGCAUUUUUUGUUUUCGUCUUUUCGUUCUUCUGCUUUACUUUCAAAGUCUAACACCUCACUGACGUAGAGUAAGCAGCUUUCGUUAUAACUCUCUGCUUUUCCUUUAAUUGAAAUGCCAUUUUCGAUCAAUUUACGCUCUGUACAGGAGCAAGGAAAGAAAAAACAUUUUUAAUUACAAAUUAACGUUCCUAAAGUUCCAAAAGAAAAUCAAUCGUAUCUGCUUUCUGGUGCCCAUUGCUAAUAUUUGGGAAGGUCAAUGCUGCCUCCUGUGUGCGAAUGUGUUUUGUUUUUGUUUUUGUUUGUUUUGUUGGUUGCCCAACCUCUCCCUCCAUAACUUUUUUAAUGGUCCAUCCCUUAUGGGGUUAUUUAUUUUCAACUAAACUUAAGUAUUUGUUUUUUUUCAUUAAAACGAAAGAACUUGUGGAAAUAACUUUGAAAGAUUGGCUUCCUUCCCAAGAAAAGUUUGAUCAGUUUGUUGCUGAAACUUCCGUAAAGAAAAAAAGGUAAGUCCAUAUUGCAUGCGUUUUAUCGUCAGUAGCCCCCUUAUUUUUAGACCAAACUAAGCCCCGAAGGGCCGAAAAAAAAUCUGUUGGAGAAAGUGGAAACAAAUUAUCCCAAAUAGCAUACAAUGACAUUAAAUGGAAUGAAAAUAAAGUUCUCUGGAGCAAAAAAAUCAAAAGCUUAUUGGAACAGAUAGGAUUAGGAGAACCCCUGAUGAAAGCACACUAUGCGGACAUAGGAAUCGUAAACAUGAUCAGGCAACGACUUAAGGAUAUCGAACUAUAAAGAUGGCUAAGUGAAAUAAAUAACGAAACCAGAAAAGAUGCUAACCAAACCAACAAAAUGGGAACCUACCGGUUAUUCGAAACGAUAGACAAUUACAAAUGUGAAGGUUACCUACAUCAGGUCACCAAUACACGACACAGAAUAGCUCUAACAAAACUGCGACUUGGUAACCACAAAUUAGCCAUAGAGACAGGACGUUAUUCGAGACCGUUCAAGAAACCUACAGAAAGAAUGUGCCCAACUUGUAAAAUAGAAAUGGAGGACGAAUAUCAUUCUCUAAAUAUAUGCCCUGCUUACCAAGAAAAAAGAUGUUCGUUACUAGAUUAUUUGGAAAAAGAAUAUAGAAUAAAAAUAAGCAGAAUGUCACCUAACAAAAUAUUCAUGUCUCUAAUAAACCCCCUUAGCGGAAAUGCUAAAAUGCAAAAACUAAUAGCCAAAGAUAUAUUCGAAUGCUUUGAAAAAAGGAAAGGGGAAGACGGCAAAAAGUAAAUACUCUAGGACUUAAUUAAUAACUUAUUAGCCAUGUAUGGUUAGGAAUUUUUUGUUGUUUGUAAUUUUAGUUGUUUGGAAAUAGUUGAUAUACUAUUUGUAUAGGUAAUAGCAUGAUUUGUAGUAUAUUUGGCAUAAAUACCACGAGUGAUAUUUCGAAAAUGGUAUACGUAAUUUCACGAGCCGUUAGGCGAGUGAAAUUUGAGACAAUUUUGAAAUAUCACGAGUAGUAUUUAUGCCAAAUAUCACGUACAAAUCAUGCUAUUAUUUGUUUAUACGACUACCCACAAAAGGUUUGUAAUUUUCACAUGUAGGUAUUUCAAAUUAAGCUGAAAUACCAGUGCUCUAAGCCAAUCAAAUUGCAGAAAUUUCUCAUGUAGUGGUAUAAAUUGUAUAAGACUCAAAAUAAAUAAAACAUGUAUGUAUUUACGUAUGAGCGGACCCCCCCUCCCCCUCCCUUUAUCUGAAGAUGUGGAUCCGCCACUGAGUAGAAUGCUUGACCCGUACCCUUCAGGAGAGUUUGGUUUGAGAAUAUGAAAAAAAUCAAUGAACUGAGAAUGAAUAAGAUGAAAGCAUAUGUGACCUUCGAAGUUAACUCAUCAUACUAAGCAGUUGGAAAGAAGCUGAAGAAAAUCAGGCUUGACCGGGAAUCGAACCCUUACCUUUGCGAUUACCGGUCCGUUCUAUCUAAUCGAGUUAAUCAAGCCAACUGAAGAGCAGGCCAAUUGUGAGCUUAGUUUUGUCAAAUAAGUCAAUUUGCGCAUAGUUAAUAGAGUGGAGUGGUUAAGAAGGUCAGCCUCCAUUUUUAUGUUUUUGUGGACUGCGGUGCGCAACGUCCAAUAACAUUACCACCAUUUUGAAGUUACUUCUCGGGAGGUUCCGAGUUCGAUUCCCAGAUGUGACCCCAAAAUCAUUGUUUUGACUUUUUUCCUGUACGGUGUAGCUUUAAGUAGCUAAUUAAGUAAAGCUGGAGAGAGAGGGGGGAGGGGGGGUGGGUAAAAUGAGCGAAUUGUCAACCGCCGGUUUGUCAGUCUAUUGAGUCAAUUUGCGCAUAGUUAAUAUGAGUGGAAUGGUUCCCAUGAAGCCAAUCAGACUCCUUUGUUAUAUGUUUUUGUGGACUUUACGAUGCCCAACGUUCAAUAGCAUUCCUACCAUUUUGAUCUUACAGACCAUUAAAGACGUCGCAAUCAUUUAUUCUGUCACAAUUUGUCAACAAUUUUACACUGUUGUUUUUACUAUGAUUUGCCUCCGUAAAAACAAACAAAUAAAUAGUAAAAAUAAUAAUAUUAAUAAUAAUAAUAAUAAUAAUAAUAAUAAUAAAAAUAAUAACAGAUAAAAAAAACAUGGAAUCUUUAUUAACAUAUGACCAAUUUACAUUCCACUAUCACAGACUAAAAUUUUGAUGAAAUGAAAAAUAACAGAAAGCGCUACCAAAGGAAAAAGGAUUAGCACAGUCGGUUAUUGCGCGGCUUUCUGUGCGGAAGGUUCAGAGGUCGAUGCUCGGGUGUGAAAAUCCGUCUUGUUUCGACUUCUUUCCUUUACGCGUAGCUUUAAAUAGCUUUAAAUACCCGUAAAACGGAGCACUGAUGGAGAGAGGUGGGUAAAAUGGGUGCACUGUCGGCCUCAGGUUUGUCAUCAGUUUUAUGUGUACUUUUACGAGUUACCGACGGAAAAUAAGGACCUUCGCCUUUAAGGGUUAUCCUUCGAAAUGUUAGCUUUUCAAUGAUUUUACAGUGGCUAAUUGAAUUUGUCAGCUCAAAUGACGAGACCUGUAAACAGGCUCUCUUGUGAGGUAUAAGACGAUGAUGAAGCUUGAAAGAGUGGGCAGAUGGGGAGGGACAAGGGGAGUCCUUUACUGCGUUCCUCCGCGAGCCUGUUCACAGGCUAAGUUGACUCAAUCAAAUUUUGGGUUUGGCUUUCCUACCGAGACAGCACAACAGUGUCUUCAUUGAAACUAACCCCUUCAGUGGUUGCCGUAACAUCGAGUCUUUUUCCCGCCGGCGGAACUUCCUUUACCUGGAGACGAGAUGUGUGCUAGAGUGUGACCGCUUCUUUACUACGAGAUAAAUUUAUCACGGGAUUUAACCGUGGAACAGUAAAAUAGUUCCUAUUUCUGAUUGCAACGGCACAACAACUAAUCAGUAGAGUAGCUAUGAAUUUGCCUGCGUAGAUGGCGCAUUACACGCGCAAGUAUCAUGGGAAACAAAGUUGAGUGUGACUGCUUUUUAAGAUCCCUGUAUGUAAAAACACUAGGAAAAAAUACUUCGACAAGAAUACCUCGUUUGUGUAACCACGGCUUAUGUCAAAUGUUCACCCUAAAGGGAUUCCAAAGAUGACGGACGCCUCAAGCGCUAGCGUUUUAAUGUUUCGAAGCCAACGCCAAAUGAAAUCAUUUGUCCCUUCAUAUGUCACUCUGCGAGUGUAAAAUUUUGCAAAACGCCAAAUUUCUGUAAAGCCAGAGAAGGAGGAGAUUAUGAAAAAAAAAAAAAAAAAAAAACGAACUAUCUCCAAUGGUAAGAUUAUAUACGAUUUUUUAAGUGGAGCUGGAAUUUACGCUUGAAAUAGGGGGUUACUAAAAGUUCUUAACUGGAAUUUGGUGUUUAAAUUACAGUAUAUGGCAAGUAAUUUUUUUUGUUCAAAGCUGAAAAGAAAAAGUCAAACCCGACGUUUGAUAAGGGUGGCAGUUUAAUAGCGCAUAAUGCAAUCCUUAGUGAAUCUUAACUUGAUUAUGCCCUUGUUGAUGUAGCUCUGUGGAAAGUGGUCAGCAAAAAAACAAAGAAGAUCAGGAACAGGAAAAUCCGAAUGAUUAUAGAGACCCAUCUGCUGAGCAGAAUGAACGGCUUCUUGCCUUAGACGAAGAGAGUCCUGACGAAGACGAUAAAGAAAUCGCUAAAGAAGAGUGCUUUUCUUCACGAGAUCUACCCUGUUUGCGCAAACUUGUGUGUUUAGAUGAAAACGGUAUGAUUGCAAACAACAACUAAGGUUAACACAGUUUGACUUAACAAUUUGUUGCAAUAUUGGGGCAACAAGUUUUAAGGGUGCCAUUAACCGCCAUAUGUACGGAUGUACGACAUCUACUUUUGAUUGGUUCACCUUUUCAUUCAAUUAAUUUAUUCUUGUUUUUCACGUUACCAUGUAACCACCAUUAGAGAGAUUCAGAGUCACUUGCGGCAAACGACGUUUCCAACAUUUAGUGUUCCCUGCAUUUACUGAACAGCUCCUAUGCAAUAAAUAAUUCUCUUUGCAUAAGUAAAUGUGUAGGAUUCCCCCACCCUCCUCCCGUAUGUCCUCGCAUGUGGUGCCACCUUGUUAAUUGACCAUUUUCUGUAACCCGGCACCAAGUAUUGAAAUUUAGUGUGAUAACUAAGGGAGGUUCAACUUAAAUUACUUUAAGAUUUGUUUUACGACACUCAUUUGAAAAUUGUUCUCACAUUGCCACUAACCGUUGUUUUUUGUAGAGGUAAAGCUUUUCAAAGAUCUCUUGAAUGAGAAUGAAGUCUGGAAGCUCACUCAUAUCAAAAGAAUACAACUUGUUUAUGCUCUUCAAAACAAGUACUUCUCAAAGGCCAGUUCUGAGUUCUUAGAUGUCAGCGAAACAUAUAUGCAGGUACAAACAUACCAGGCUUUCGCUUUUGCUAUGAUACUUGUCACAUGUUGGAACACUUGUCACGUCCAUUUGAAAACAAAAAGCGAGAUUUCAUAUUUGGAAAGAAGUGAAAAGGUACACGGAAGGAAAAGAUAGAUAGGUUGGUUGAGAAGGUGGAACUUGAAAACUCCUCUUCUUUCGUUCGGUUGUUUCAACAGCAUUUGACGAGUAUUGUAUCCUUAGCGUGUUAUGAAAUAACAAAAGAUAAAUAAAUAAAUAAAUAAGAACCGUUUCGUGACUGCGUUUAUUCUUUGUAACUCAGUGAUGUUUCCCACGGCUAAAAAACGUUUUAGCACCUAGGGACUCUGCAUAUAGAUAUAGCUCAUAGAGGAACGUCCGGCGUCCCAUAGCUAAAGAAAAUUGGGAAACUAUGGAUCCGAGAAAAUUUGGUUAUGACGUCACCAGCGUAAGCCCGAAAGAAAGUCCGUACAGACGCUCAGGGUAGGGGUAAAAAAAACCUCAGUAGGGUAGGGAAGAGAAUCCCAGAGUUGUACCUUGCAUUCUAGGGGCAACCAACGGAGUUGCUCGAGUGAACAAUCUACAUGAUGUUUCUUGUCCUUUUUGCUUGAUCACGCUUUUGGUCACGCUCCAGGAGCAGAGCAACCUAGUCUCCCCUCCCCCCGCUUGGUCAAAAUUUUGACAGGUGAAUUCAUGAACGAAAACUUGUGCAACAUCAAAUAUGAAGACUUAGCCAGGUCUAAAAGCUCUCGUUAAUAUUUAUAUUUUACUCGAACAAAAUAUAAAAUCGUGUAAUGCUCAGCGGCGACGGCAACGAAAACGGCCGAAAAAAUCGGUAGGUCUAAUUAGCCAAAAAAAAAAAGUUUGCACGUGCAGCACACUUUUUUUGUACAUUCCUUUGCCUUUGUUUUGCACGACUACAACGUGAAACUUCCAGAAACUUCCUAGUUAGACGUUUUAUGGAGGAAAUGUCGUAUGUGUCGCUGUUCCCAUCUUUUUCACAGCCCCUCAUUUUCACCUUGGUGGUCGCUGGCAUUUCUCAUUUUCUCACUUCUGGUAAAAAACUUUAAUGUUUUCUUCCAACGAUAUUGGUUUCCUUUUUUAUAAAUAUAUAUCACUCUAGCUCCUUCUCUGUUAUCCAGGUGAAUGUAGACGUUUAAUUUAGUCGAAAGAAAGGGUGCAUUCAUUUGCAACAUACGCUUAUAGCUGUCACAUUUGCCUGCUGGGAUUUUUAUUGAUUGGGGGGUUAAAAACUAUAAAAAAUUCCACGUUUUAUGGAGCAAAUAUCUUACGUCCUCUUGUCCUUUUUUUUUUCACUGCCACUCAUUCCACCUUGGUGCCCGAUAGCAUUUCCCAUUUUCUCACCGCCGCUACAAACUUUCAUGUUGUUGUUCCAAUAAAAAAAAUGUCUCUCUGUUAUCUCUCGCUAUUGCUGUCUGUCGCUCUUUUUCUCGUUGAGCUUCGCUGGCCUGGUGCCUACUUUCUCGUCUUCCCCGUCUUUCUCUUAUAUUGCAAAUUUCUGGACUUGACAAUUAAACUAAGCUUCAUUCUUUAGACAACACGGAUACAGAAAGGAUUUUCGCUUUCCGUUUUCGUCUUUAUUGACUCUUUAAUUGUCUCUGCUUUACAAGACACGGGUGGCUACGCGAUUUCUCGCCAAAAUAGCCUCGAAUUGCGUUUGGGUUGCCGUACGUGUGGAUUGAGUUAUUCGACAUUCGUAUGCCUGUCGUGCGGACGGACAGGCGGUAGGUCGGGCGUGCGGUCACGUAAUAUGAUCAGAAUUUCUCGGAUGGGUAGAUUACCACAUUUUCUUAGGUAUGGGGCUAUGCUCGCGCGCGCGUAGAGCUUUUAAAUUUCUGGAUUUUCAUAGGUUGAAGCUUACUCGUUUUAUUUUUUUGGUGUUAAGUAAUUAAAAGUAUAUAAGUGGACGCUUCGCCUUUAGCCUUGGCUAAAUCUAUAUAUUAGUUAUGACUUCUUAUAACAACAAGCAAGCAAUUAAAUACAUGGAGGUAAUUAUGUUAUUAUUAUCGCCGGUCAGUGUUUGAUGCCAGAAUGGUUUAGAGGCCUGAACUAUUACCACCCAACCCCAAACCUCAAAUCCUGACAAGAGUCUUGUCAUUGCACAGUGCUAUUACACAAUACGUUGCUUAGUUUUCGAACCGGUGAAAAUUGCUCUUUUUAAUUCUUGAAAAUCUUGUUGGUCGUCUGAGUGGCUCUGUGCGGUAUACAGCUAUUUCGAGAAAGUUUGUUGGAAAAUAUGUGCAAGCGACAAUCCCGAAAGGUAAUAUGGGAUGUGAUUCAUAUUGUUGAACCUACUUUUGUUGCUUUCUUUUAGCGCUCGCAAACAUACGUCCAUGGCCUCUCGUGUCAUUCUUUCAAAUUUGUUUGAAGAACAGUUAACUUUAAACCACCCACAAUACCUUUCGGGAUUGUCGCGUGCACUUUUUCCCUCAACCUUUUUCGAAAUAGCUGUAUAUAAGCCCCUACCAUCGGUUGUGCUGUGUCGUGUGAAGUACAUAUACCGGUAGAAAGAGUUUCAUCAUACUAUGAGUGGCUGUCACAUUUAACAUUGGAUAUCCCACUACCAUAGGACAAUAUACACUUAAUGUCACAUCCCGAGGGAAACAGUUAGUUUUGUUUUCCCAAGAGUCCUGAUGUUUCCCGAGACGAAGUCGAGAGAAACAUCAGGACUCGAGGGAAAACAAAACUAACUGGUUUCCCGAGGGACCUGACAUUAAGUGUUUUGUUAUAUUUCUAGAAUACGCUUAAUAGGAGCGAAUCAAAACAGUACGACUCGGUACUUAUAAGAACACAAAUUUAAUUCUCAAAACCACUGAAUGAAUGAUUUAAAAAGUACUUUCCUUAUAUUAUCUGCAUCUUUUUCGUCCACUAGCUGCUGUUUCUCUUCUGAGACAACUUAGAAAAUCGUUGCUUUUUAGCUUGAGGCUUCAUGUUUGUGUUAUUGUGAAUGUUGUUGUGUUCAUUCCACGAAAAAGAAAACUGGCAGUGUUUUUCCCGCUUUCUAUCACGCCACUUUCCACCAUGCUCUGAUCGCGUGCUGUAAUGUGUCCCGAGCGGGGUACAUUGCUUGAUGUAUCACGAUCGAGAUACAUUUGAUUUUAGUCAAGGCCACGUGACCAAGAAUCAGCCAAUGGCGGUCCCUGUUCAGUUGAGUGAAAGUCUAGGAAUAUAACAAUUAAUAAUUUAAAAACAAGUACUGACGCCAUGUUUUGAACGCUGCGAGAGCUUUCUAAGUAUAACAAGUACCUUAUUAUCAUAAAUUGCACGAGGUGGUCGUACAAAUGUUUAUUUACAAUAUAUAAAGACCUGCCUUUGGGAAUAAUAUCCACAGUUACAUCAUCAGUUAAAGGAGUUGACAAGUCAGCACAAUGUUGAAGUGAUGAAGAGGUGCGAUGUUAUCGGUAUGACCGUGACUGGGGCAUCAAUAAGGGCCAACCUAUUGGGUAAGUUGUGUUUGUUUAUUCUGAUGUGUUGUAUAUGGGUAAUCAAAAGCUAGUAAGAUAAUAUUUAUACUCUUCUUAAGCAGUCUUUAAGUGAUAUAAUCAGAAAUAUUGUUGUGAACAAAUUUGAGAUAUGAGAAAUUAAAUGUGCUCUUGUAGUCCGAGAGUCUUUUCAGUGUUCUGUCACGCCAUAAAAUAAACAGUUAAUUGUUAUGUUUAGUAUGCCGAGAGCACGGGGCUAAAAGAAAUCUGAGCCCCUGCCUGGAAUCUCAUCCGUAUCGUCAAGAAGACGGAUCGGUCGCUUCUAGGUGACCCGAUUGGAUUUCUUUAAAAGCAAAACUUCCAAAGUUUGAGCGUUUCGUAUGUCACCAUUAACAGUUUAAGUAUGCCCCAGUUCACUCACCAGGUUCUUCAAACGCUCAACCUGCCUAUAUAAUCUCGUAUCCAGAUCUCUUAUUGACGUAGCCGAAGCAAGUGAGAAAAUUCAACUUUUUUGAUUGGCUAGAUUGUGAGCGAAUGACACGAGUGUUGUCUCCUGCGCGAGCUAUGGCGUGUGCACAAAAGGUAAUUCUUUGCAAAGUCUUCAGUUGUGUUCAAGUAAAUAUUUUCACUGAAGAAGUAGUUUUCCGUCUCAAUAUAAAUUUUAAAGCCAUUUUUAUCUUAUCUUUAAAGACUUCUUACAACUCCCUCUCUCUCUCGGUAUCAAUAAAGACUUUUGAAAAGGACCUAAAAACUUAUCACGUAUAAGUUAGCGCGCGCUAUGAUAAAUAAAUUUAAACAGGAGCCUAUUUUAAACUAACUGUUGCGUUGAAUUUGAUGUUACAAAUAACGACAACAAAUUCAUACUGAAAAUGUGCGUAUAACCACAAGUUUUGUUAGAAAAAACUUCACUACUCUAUCAAAUUUAUUAACACGUCGAAAAACGGGUUUACCUCGGUGUAAGAACCUGUGAACUUUUUCUUUGCUUUGUACCUUUUGUUUUUCUAGGUUGUAUUGUGUUGACUUCUUUGUUUUCUUUGUUUUACGUGACCGGUGAGUUUAACAGGUUCUUACACCGAGGAUGAGCCAGAAAAACGGCCGCGAUAUUGUGGAUUUAUUUCGAACAUGCGCUCUUUUAUCGCCUGUCACAUUCCUGAAAGGUGAUGACGUGUACAUAUCGUAUUUGACCAGAUCUCGCCUUCGGCUUCGUCAGCAAGAGAUCUGGGUACGAGAUUACAAUACAAUACAAUACCAUAGUUUAUUGACACUCCCCUGGUGGGGCUUUUCAGUGGCAAUGCGACUACAAAAAAAAAAAAAAAAAACUAAUUAAGAUAAGAGAAGUAGUUAACAAUUCGAUUAAAAGGAAAGAAUGCAGCGAACAAAGCAAUAUAAACAUACCUAUUUAAGAAUUAAUCGUAUAAUAAAUAUUCUUACUACGUACUAUACAAUAUGCAUAUUUUAAGUUAAAAUAAAAUAAGAUACUAGUAAGAUACUAAAAUACUAUCAUAACGUGCUAUUUAAAAAGUCAGUAAUCAACUUAUUUUUUAGACAAAAUUUAAAAGUAGAAAUCGAUUUUGCAGUUUUAAGAGUACUGUCUAGAUUGUUCCAAAUGUGCACCAUGCGGUAGUGGAAUGUUCUCUGUCCGGUACUCGACUUAUACAAGGGGAUGUUUAAUAAUUGGCAACUUCCGCAAUUCUUGUUGUAAAUUGAUCGCUGAGGUAAUGUGGAGCUUGACCAGUCAUGCAUUUGAAUGCCAUGAGAGCGUCGCGGAAGAACAGCUUUUGGUAAUUGGAAACCAACGUAGAUCUCUUAGUGCGGGGGUUAUAUGAUCAAAUUUCCUGGUACCUGUAAUAAUGCGCGCGGCAAAGUUCUGCACUGACUGUAGUCUACAGAUAUUUUUGUUCGAGGUGUUCGACCACACUGUGGAACAGUACAGUAAUUUGCUAAAGACUAGGGCAUUUAUUACUGUCACCAGUUGGUUGCGGUCAAGAACAUGUUUAACCCGACUGAUUUGUGCGAGGCUUGACAUACAAGAUGACGUAGUUUUUAGAAUAUGGUCAUCAAACGUUAGUUGCGGAUCUAAAACAACCCCAAGAUCUUUGGCCGAAGAUGUAAGAGCGAGAUCUUUUCCUAGAAGAGAAAUUUUGAAGUCGGGGAGUUUGGCAAGUAGUUGUCGGCUUCCAAAGACUACGAGUUUUGUUUUGUCAGGAUUUAAAAGUAGAAAAUUGUUAAAACACCAAUUACGUAUUAAAAGAAGGUCGCUAUUUAGAUCGUUCAUAGCUGUCGGACAAUCACGCAUCUUAAAAGAAAUCUGAAGUUUAGUGUCAUCUACGUAACAUUGCGUUAAACAGUUUCUAGGAACAGAAGGUAAGUCGUUAAUGUAAAUACUAAAAAGAAACGUCCCAAGAAUGCUUCCUUGAGGAACACCACUAUUUAAACGCAACAAAUUCGAGAGGGUCGGGUUAAUACGCACGAAUUGGUGUCUGUAGGUCAGAUAGCUAGUAAACCACGCGAGAGCGUAUUUAGAAAUACCGAGAUGUUGUAGUUUUAAAAGGAGAAUAUCAUGAUUUAUAAUGUCAAAUGCCUUACUCAUGUCCAACAAAACCAUAGCAGAGAGUUCCUGCUUAUCCAUGCCAGUCAAAAUGGCAUCUGUGGAGCGGAUAAGUGUCGUUUCUGUGGAAUAAAAUUUCUUAUUUCCACUUUGUUUCGCAGAAAGACGGUUGUUUGUUGUUAAAUAUGCCGUCAGCUGGUUCAACGCAAUUCUUUCACACACCUUUGACAAUACUGGUAAUAACGAGAUCGGUCUGUUAUUACAAGGUUGUUCAUGAUCUCCCUCCUUUGGAAUAGGUGUUACUUCUGCUUGUUUCCAUCCUCCAGGGAAAACGCCAUUUGUAAGAGAGGCAUUGAUGACGUGAGUAAUCGGCGACAAAAUAACUGACAGUCCAUCCUUGAUUACACGUGCAGAAAUUUUGUCAAAGCCCGGUGCUUUGUUUGAUGGUAACAAUGCAAUGAUCUGUUCAACUUGCUUACAAUUAACAGAAUGGAAUGAAAAUUGUUCAGACAAUGGAUAGUGCGUAGGGACAAAGUUUGUUUUCGUAAGAUCGUAAUUACAUGCAGAGGCAAGUGCUUUGAUUUUGUCAACAGUGGUUCGGCCAACUGAGGUAAAAAAUUCAUUAAAGGAGUUUGCAACAGAUUCCUCAUCCUGAUUAUAUACCAAACGACUUGACGAUUUCCUAGGAAGGAUGGAUCUUAUGGUUUUCCACAAGUUACCCGAAGAAUUAUUUUGGUUAUUUGCGAUCUGAUCCCGAACAAACUCUCUUUCGGCUAUUCUGAUUUCACGUUUAACCUCUCGUUUAUAGUUCCUGAAUCCCGCCCAGGCAAGAGUGUCGUUAGAUCUAUGCGCCAGUUUCUUCCAUUUGUCUCUUGUUCUCAUUAACUCGCGUAUUUCAGGCGUAAUAAAUGGGUUGGGACGGCUACGAAUUUUGACCUUUUUGACAGGUGCGUGUCGAUCUAAGAUUUGCUCAAAAAGCUGGUGAAAGGCAUAGAGGCAGUCGUCGAUAUCCUCAAACGUUUCGAUUAUAUGCCAGGGGACCUCUGAAAGUUCACGGGUAAAUACUUCCGGUUUGAGAGAUUACCUACCUAUAUUCCUAUAAAGUCUAUAAAAUGAUUUAGCCGGAAGUCGCGUUCAGUCUUUUCCGCGUGCUUUCUCGUCGUCAACUGACUUUCCCGUUCUGUUGCCAAAUCAGCCUAUUAUGAAGGAUAGGUUGUCACGAGAGUCGGCCAUUGAAGAAUGACGUUUUGGAAGCUCGCGUUUUUAACCCGUGGAUACCCGAAGAGUAUCCAAAGGGUUUUUUUUUAUGGGUUUCGAUAUGUAAAUGUGUCACUCGCUCACAUUGCGUUGACAGAGAUCGGCUCUUCGGCUCCGACCCGAACUCAUUGAAAUAUAGCGGCUCGAAAGCUCUGAGGUCAAAGAUGUGGGAGGGCGCAAGAGCAUUUUCUAAACAUUUAUCCACGGGUUCCCCACGGGUUUACUUUGAUUUAAAAGACGAUUUCGCUAGUAACAUCACAAUUUCAUUUUUUGAGCUAUUUUGUAAUUUAGACCAUAUGAGGAGUGUAUCUUUUUCAAACGGUGGCUUCAAUUGGGUUUAAGAACUUGCUUGAACGUGACACAUACUACUCCAGGGAAAAUAAUCUAAAAAGGUCUCAAGGAAGCAGCAUUUACAAGAUGUGACGUCUCGCAUGGCGCAAUCAAGGCUCUCAUUGGCAAUGUUGUACUGCUGAGCCAGAACUGUUAUGACCUGGCUGGCCAGCUCUUUCCCUAGAACGAACUGCCAGUUACUAAGUCGAACUAGGCCUUGUAUAAUUCCCCAGUGGUUGUAACGUAUCUUAACACUAUUGCCAGAGCUUCUCCAAGCCUUGUGGUGCCAUCACAAUUAAUAAGAUCGCUAGGGCCAGAAAUUUCAUUCCGUAUUCGUUCCCCUUCCACAUUCCUUUUAAGUGGAAUGAGUAGACGUAUGUGUGAAUUGAGCAUUUAAGCAAAUCGCUACAGCGGCCUCUACUACGGCGGUUGUGGAUGCGGAGUCUCGGGGAGAGUACAUCACCGUAGCCCUCCAAAUUUCAACUUCAAGCGAGCGGCACCCAAACAGUUACUACGGGGUUUCUCGCUCAUUUGCUUUCGCUGUUAGUAAAACGCAGGGAUGACGUAAUUACUGGAAAACCAGAAGCGUCAAAUACUUUCUUUAUAAAACGAAAACAAUCUAUGUUAGGUUUUAAUACCAGUGAUUGUAAAAAAUAGGAGAAAAGCCGAAUUUUAUACUCACGUAGCAGCGACUACGCCAAAAGACAGGUCUUCACGUUGUAGGAUUAGGCGCUACGGCAAAAGCUCAUUUCCAAGCAUGCGCACUGCGUUAUUUUUGGGAGUUUUUACUUCCGGCCUACGUAGCGAUUUACUUAAAUUCCCUAAUACCUUGUAAGACGGCAUCCUCCUUCUUGUGAUAGUACACGAAAACUGUCCAGUUCUCUAAGAGGGAAGCCUGCCUUCAGAAAUGUUCUCCAACGCUUACUCUACAUAUGCGCUGUUCGUCAGAAGGGUUUCGGAAGUAUUUGCUUGUAUUUCUUCAACUGUCUGUAGCACUGUGGUUCACGUGCUUCUUCUUAGGAAAGCCUUGUCGUACCCAAGGGGCUUAUAUUUUUAAAGGCCCUUUUUGAGGGGCUUAUUUUUGGAGGGGCUUAUAUUCGGAGGCGCCUAUGUACGGAGGGAAAUUUGCGUUCCAAAGUCGAUUGGGCUAACUUGUAGUGGGAAGGAAAUUUACCAUUUUUGCUUUGUUUUACUUUGUACUCGAGGGCAAAUUCCAAGUACAAGCCCCCGGGGGGCUUAUAAUCGGAAGGGCGAUUUAACGGAGGGUUUUUUGUGUUACGAUUUUGGGGGGCUUACAUUUGGAGGGGCUUAUACAUGGAGGGGCUUAUUUUCGGAAUUUUACGGUAUACGUUUUGAUGAACUUCUCGACAGACUGUACAAAAUAGUCACCCGUUAAACACGCGAAAAGGCUCAUGUUUCUUGCACUGAAACACGCCUCAAUGAUCUUACUACUCGCCUUUUUCGUUCCUGGUCGUUUUCACUCCCUUUUCGUUUUAUGAUUAGUUUGCUUAUGCAACAGGACAGCCGGAGGAAGAGGGCGGCAAAACGUGUGUGUUUGCGACAAACGUGACAGGGCUAUUACGUACGAGUUUUGUCGUGAUCUUCACUUGACAUUAGGGAUCCCAAGCAACGACGACGGUGACGGCAACGAGAACGUCAAAAAAGCAGUAGAUUAGAUAGGGAAAACAACAACCUUGCACGUGCAUCACGAUUUUUUGUACAUUUCUUAGCCGUCGUUGCCCAAUAGGGCGUGAAAGUACCUAAUUUCACUUUUUGUGGCGGACGGGAACACAAGACAACGACAUUCUUCUUCUUUUCCUGAACCUCGAUACAGCCUUAAGAAUUCAACUCCAGACGAAUUCGCCAACAUUUCGUUUACUGAACCAGGUGGAAUAAGCGCGAUAAAGUUUGAAGCAGCACGAACUCAAUUUUUCACUGACGUUUUGGUAGCCGUCGCCGUCGUUGUUGCUUAUGCUUCUUAUUAAUUUGUUCUGCUCUUUUGCAAAAGAUUGGUUCGACGGAACGUGAAGUUUGACGGAAAUUUUUUUCAAACAUUAUGAUUGUCUUACAAGGUGUGUCGUCUUAUUACCUCCGCCGACCUUUUGCGUAAGUUCACAAUUGCUAGCGAGACGACACAACUUCUUGCAAACGUGGAUGGUGUUUGACGUCUCAAGAAGUUUAGAACAUUUCUAGCUUGUUUAUUGGGCUGAUUUGGCCGCUCAACAGCAGCAGAAUCUGUAUUGAUUCAACACGUACGAACAGCCAGUGCUUUGGAAAAGUGGAGCUUAAAAAAGUGAGGUAACCAGGCCUUUGACUUUGCUGUUCCGAUUCAGUUCCAAAAAUGAUCGCGCUUUUAAAACGGCAAUACAACAUCUGGUUAUGCGAUUAUGCUAACAAAUAUGAAAUUUAUGCCGACAUUAUGCCUGAUGCUCCAGAUAUAGUAUUAUGCUCAAAAUUAUGCCGCUGUUAUCUGCCAGACACUACUGAUAGUUUGCGGAAAAGCGACAGUUCAAAUCCUACCAACUAUCCUUUCUUUCUUUUUUUUCUCUUUCCUACCUUUCUUAUUUUUUCACGUCUUUUAUUUUUAUAAAACACGCACACACCAAAAACGAUGUUGUAAUAGUCGUUAAUCGGGGAAAAGGUGGGGUGCGAAGAGACGCGAAAAGGGCGAAUGGGUACAGCGUGCAUUUUGCUGCACUCAAUAUCUGGAUUACAGGCUAAUGUUUGACUCUGAGUGCUCAAUUUAGUCUUUUAAAAAAUAUCUUCUGACCAUUGUUAUGGCCAGCUUGAGUUCCCGCUGUUAAGUGCGUUCUUGUUUUAUUACUAUUAUUAUUUUUUUUCCAGCUGACUUAAAGCCCUGUGUCAUGAUUGUGGAGGAGGCGGCAGAAAUCCUUGAGGGGCAGCUUGUUGCUGUUAUCCCGUCAUCCGUUCAACAUCUUAUUAUGAUCGGAGAUCACAAGCAGUUGAAACCAGUUGUAUACUUUCAACGACUCAAGAAACGUCACCAUUUGGAUUUGUCCAUGUUCGAGAGACUAGUGAAUUGUAAGCUGCCUUACAUACAACUCGGAUAUCAGAGCCGAAUGAGGGAUGAGUUUGUCGACUUGAUACGUGCCCUGAAGAUUUAUAGCGAACUUAAGACACAUUCUGAGGUAAACGGAACUUUUAGUUAUUGCUGUACUCUGCCACAACAAACCGUACACGAUUUUUACUUAACUCACCCGUAUAACGAGUCAAAAAGUUAACUGAUGAACGCAGUUCAGAAACUUAAAUUAAAGUCCCUAUUUUAUCGGCACAAAACGCUGUUUUGCUUUUUACUUAAACAUUACACAACAACUUACCCAACAUCACCGUGCAUCAUUCAACAUCAACCACCAUUUCCAACAGCACCAACAAUGAUCACCCGACGUAACCCAACAUUACCCACCCGACGUUACCCAACAACACCCAUUGUCGCCGAACAUCAACCAACAUUACCCAAAUUCAGCCAACAUUAUCCUGGAUAACCUACCCAACAUUACGCAGCAUCACACGAUGUCACCCAAAAUCAACCAACCAACAUUACGCAACGUCAUCCAAUAUCACCAACAUCACCCACCCAACAUAACGUAACCCUAACCAAUAUCAUCCAACAUCACCCCAUCAACAUUAUGCAACGUCUCCCAAUACUACCCAACCAACGUUAUUCAAUAUCACCCAACAUCACCCAACCAACAUUACACAACUUCAUCCAAUAUCACCACCCAACAUCACCCAGUAUCAUCCAACAUUACCGAUCAUCAACCACCCCUAUCCAACGCCCAGCUUCAUUGAACAUUACCCAACAUUACCUGAUAUCAACCAACAUCAUCCAACAUCAAAGAUGUUAACAAGUUCUCAAAAAUUGCGAUUACAAUCUGUUUCAUCUUCUUUAAUUUUGUCCAUCCGUCUUCUUUUGUGUUUGCUGUGUUAUUUAAACUUUUCUUAACUGUUUUUUUAUGUAUAUUGCGCAUGACUGAAUUUUUUUAAUGUGGAACUGUGCUCAACGGUUGUUAAUUAAACCUAUUCUUGUACUUUUUAAGUAUUCAACUCAAUUCCGAAGUGACGGGUGUCAGGUUUCGUAGCUAAAUUCUUCACGAGGGUGAGGCUACGUGCGAUGUGGCGCUUCGCGGCCACAAACUAAAGAAAAUUACUGAAGGGAUUUAACUCUCUAACUCGUGGUUUUUCAUGGGCGGAGCCUUGCUCUUGUGUAGAUUGUUGUUACUAACCUCGUGAGUGAAUAAGGAAAUAGGCCAGUACGGGUAUCCAAGUUUACCUUAAAAUUCCAUGACUAAUCAUGAUCAAUGACGUUUCACGUCUGUGAGGCAUUCAAGCCAUGUUUCCCUGCCACUUAAACUUCGCAGAGAUGGCGGCGAGCGUUGGCAUAUUGCUUUGUACUAGAAUAAUUAUUUCUUCCUUUAUUUUCUCAUCAGCGAGUCAAAGAUAAUGCUCGUCCAGCUUGUAUGGAACAUAGCAUGUACUUCUGGACUCACACUGACUGGGAAAGCGAAUCGAAAUCUUCCCCUAGCAAGCGAAAUUCCCGUGAGGCCAAGAAGAUAACUGAGGUUGCAGAAAAGCUUUGUCGAGAGGGCGGAGUCUGUCCAUCAAAGAUAACAGUUCUUUGCUCAUAUAGAGGACAGGUAUCUUUGAUUGGUAUUCUUUACCUCAAAUCCUAGGCACAAGCAGGAGAUUUGCAGUAUAGUAUCCCUGAUAUAUGGGUUCAAUACCCAAUGGGGAGUCAGAAUUACUCAUUUCGCUUUUUCUUUCUUAUUCAAAAUUUGUAAACUCAGUGAGGUUGAAAUAAAAAAAGCCCUAAUUUGCACAAAAAGACCAAAUUCGUAAAGUAGUAGUAGUAGUAGUAGUAGUAGUAGUAGUAGCAGUAGCAGUAGCAGUAGCAGUAGCAGUAGCAGUAGCAGUAGCAGUAGCAGUAGCAGUAGCAGUAACAGUAGCAGUAGCAGUAGCAGUAGCAGCAGCAGCAGCAGCACCAGUAGCAGCAGUAGCAGCAGUAGUAGCAGCAGCAGUAGCAGCAGUAGCAGCAGUAGCAGCAGUAGUAGCAGUAGUGGUAGUAUAUUAUUAGUAGUAGUAGCAGUAGUAGCAGUAGUGGUAGUAGUAGUAGUAGCAGUAGCAGCAGCAGUAGCAGCAGUAGCAGCAGCAGCAGUAGCAGCAGUAGCAGCAGUAGUAGCAGUAGUAGCAGUAGUGGUAGUAUAGUAUUAGUAGUAGUAGCAGUAGUAGUAGUAGUAGUAGUAGUAGUAUGGUCGGCCAUUUGUUUCAAAAUUAUGACACGAUACACGUGCGGCUUUUUCCCACGUAUACUUGCAAUCAUGCCUGCUACACGAUAUACGUGCGUUUUUUUGUCACGUAUACUUGCGUUUUAUUCCCAAGUAUAUGACCAUUUUCUUACAAACGCGCAUAUAUAUGCGCACAAAAAAGCCCAUAUAUAUGCGGUACAAACAAGCAUGUGGUAUAUGGGGUCACAGAAGGCGUCGUAUAAGAGGCACCGAAUUAUACCGUCAGCAAAAAACCCCUUCAUGUACGAUGGAGCUGAAAAGUAACUUCAGUUUGAAUCAAGCAUGGCUGCAAUGGCCGCGUUAAUUUCGAGCAAGAUUUGGUUCUUAUUCAUUGCCCUCACAGUGGUGGUGGUUGUUGGCUCCCCGACAACGGACUUGUUGGAAUCCGUGGAUUGUCUCUUGAGAGACUGUGUACGCUAUUUCACAAAUGCUGACCGAAACAACGAUUGAUUCAGUUAGAAAUUAGCGUCCGACAGGCAAAAGACGACUCAUAAACUCUUGAUAAUGUGAAACAUGACCUUGAGAGUGUGCUUGAACAGAUUGGUUUUUCUUCUUUUCUCUCUCGCGCGCGAAUUAUCACCUUUUCGCCUCCACGAACACGUUCUAAGCCUCCUAGUCUCGAAGCUUUUUAUUAUUUCCCUGAUAUUCUCACUGACUUUAAUACCCUUCCACCUGCCUCUCUUUCCUUAGUGCUCCUCCACUUUAAUUGUGAUUUUCAUGGUUAUCUAACUCGUUCUCGUUCAACUUGCAUAAAAUGUCCCUCAGGUAUCAAUUUGCUAUUAGUUAUUUGGAAGGAUAGUAUAUUUAUAACUUCAGUUUGGCGUUUUUUUGCAGCCAAUGGCAAAUCAGUAUUUUUUAUUAUAGCAGCUAGUUUCGCUCUCUGCACCAUAGUAGCAACCGACGAGGAACUGCAUUCUUGCAGAAUUCAUAACAAUCGCAUAGACACAACAGUAAAUUCCUACGAAGGAACAACAAGACAUCGCGCUUUUGUUUAAAGACUCACUUCUGAUCUCAAAAAAAAUUAAAUCGGACUGCAUCAGGCUAUCAGCGGUGAGAAUGACCUUGACUCACGCAAAGCAUAAUUCUCCAUACUUGGCCCGUAGCUUUAGUUUAAGCUACUGUGUACAACUCAACUCUGAAGAUCUCAGUCACUAUCCGUGAAAAGUCAAAAUCCUUGAAACAACACUUAUGAGCGGGGCCCAGCGUCAAACUCACAUAUAGCGGCCCGGAAGAGGCAGGGGGGGUGGGGGGGUACUCAACAAAUUCGUAUGCGGCGGAGGCCCACCCCUUAACCUUUUAUAUACCAUUUUUCACGAUUUCGUAUACCUUCUAUUGACAAGUGGUACUCCUUUCACAUAUCUUGCUUAGAACUUUGUAUCCCUUUUAACUGCUGGAAACCCGCACUGUCAUAAGAUAGGAAUCAGUCACAAAUGUAGAACGCUUUCUCGACGGCUAAAGGGUUGGACCUCGGGGUGGAGACUUCCCGUACAAAUAUUUGUUAAGUACCUCUCCGGGAUUUCGGGCGGAGCCUCGCCGUAUAGGCCAUCAUAGGGAGUUCCCUCCCCCCUGGCAUAGCAAGAAAUAAUCACAUUCCCGGCUUACGUGCUUGCAUGUAGUUAUUCCGCAGAUCCAGGAUUUACAGAGAAAGCCAUAGAAACUAAAAUCUUUAUUUAGCCAUAAUACUAAAUUAAAGCUUUAGGCUUAAACAGAGGUCAAAGAAAAUUAGAACACUUUACAACUGCAUCUGAGGUCAACUCCUAGCAGGAACACCUAAAGAACCAUAAACCACAGGAGAUGAUUACUCAGUAUAUGCAUGUAAUUCUCUGUAGUGCUAGUAACUUUAACUUUAGCUUUAUUAUUCCAUCGUUCAUAUAGUACAAAACGCAGUAAAGCCAAAGCCGAAGGCUUAUACGACCUGUGGUCAAAAUGACAGAAAUUAUUUUAUGUAGAAAUGAAGCCACUGAAGGCCAAAUUUCAAAACUAAAACAAGAUACAAAACUUAAAUUAAGUAAUGCAAACAGUCCUAUAGCAGAGGUAAAACUAGAAGUACUAGUCAGUGACAAAUAAACUAACAAUAAACUAUGAUAAUCCUGCGCUAAUUCAAUCCAGGCUUAAAAAGUAAAGGUUUAGUUUCUAUUUAAAGUCAGUGGUGGUAAGGCUGUUACGGACACUGCGAAGGGUAUAUCAGUGGGAUAUCCUUGGCCAAAUAAUCGGGGCUUGAGAACUAAUAGCAAAUUGAUACCUGAGGGACAUUUUAUGCAAGUUGAACGAGAACGAGUUAGAUAACCAUGAAAAUCACAAUUAAAGUGGAGGAGCACUAAGGAAAGAGAGGCAGGUGGAAGGGUAUUAAAGUCAGUGAGAAUAUCAGGGAAAUAAUAAAAAGCUUCGAGACUAGGAGGCUUAGAACGUGUUCGUGGAGGCGAAAAGGUGAUAAUUCGCGCGCGAGAGAGAAAAGAAGAAAAACCAAUCUGUUCAAGCACACUCUCAAGGUCAUGUUUCACAUUAUCAAGAGUUUAUGAGUCGUCUUUUGCCUGUCGGACGCUAAUUUCUAACUGAAUCAAUCGUUGUUUCGGUCAGCAUUUGUGAAAUAGCGUACACAGUCUCUCAAGAGACAAUCCACGGAUUCCAACAAAUCCGUUGUCGGGGAGCCAACAACACCCACUACUGUGAAGGCAAUAAAUAAGAACCAAAUCUUGCUCGAAAUUAACGCGGCCAUUGCGGCCAUGCUUGAUUCAAACUGACGUUACUUUUCAGCUCCAUCGUACAUGAGGGGGUUUUUUGCUGAUGGUAUAAUUCGGUGCCUCUUAUACGACGGCUUUCUGUGACCCCAUAUACCACAUGCUUGUUUGUACCGCAUAUAUAUGGGCUUUUUUGUGCGCAUAUAUAUGCGCGUUUGUAAGAAAAUGGUCAUAUACUUGGGAAUAAAACGCAAGUAUACGUGACAAAAAAACGCACGUAUAUCGUGUAGCAGGCAUGAUUGCAAGUAUACGUGGGAAAAAGCCGCACGUGUAUCGUGUCACAAUUUUGAAACAAAUGGCCGACCGUAUAGUAGUAGUAUGACGCCAUCGUGUAAAUGGCUUAUUAAUCACAGUUAUGUUAUUAAAACUCACAGUUAAAACUCGGAGUUUUAAGCCCCAAGUUUCUUCAAAAUCCCAAAGAUGACAAAAGAGUGUACGAAUCUAGGGGAGAGAGUUCAAAAAAUAAGCUGUUUAAUAAACUCAGCUCGCUGUUCGUGUUUUAUCAAAUCUAAGACUCUUAGUUGAAUUUCCUGUUCUAAUUAACUCCGGCGAUAAAACAAAACGCUCGCGCCCGUUAACUAAAAUAUAAAUCAAUGUGCAAUGUUUUUCGUGUUGUUAAUGUUAUUUUCUUAUUUAUAUGUCUUUUUUUGGCUGUUUGCUGUCUGCAAACAGCCAUAAUUAUCUUUCACCUUAUCGCCGCAGGUGCAGGAAAUAACCAAUCGAUUUUGUUCAUCUUCUGUUACCGAGCUUGAAAAGAUUACUGUGGUGACAAUCGACGCAUUUCAGGUUGGUUUAAAAUAAAUGCCUACUAUUUUCAUGAGUUUAUUAAAAAGCCCACAUUAAUUUGAUAAGCAAAUUGAACCGUUUUGGUCAGGGUCUGGAAUUGAAUGUUUGUAGAAUAUAGUGAUAUUAAACGUUCCGGUCAAAUAAAGCCAGGAAUAAAGUCGGCAUUGUCACUUGGUGGAGUACAGAGAUUGUCUGACUGAGUGUGAUUCGUUUAAGAAUCCACUUAGAGCUAUAGGAUCACACACCACACUGCCCUUGCGGUAUGGCCAGUGUCUUACGUAUGCGCACAGCCAAAUCACCAAGGACGUAGGCAGCCAUGGACGGCUUUUUUGUACUUGUUAGGAGUUAUAAGCAGCAUGGUAUAUCCGUAGGAGAAGAGUAGGACUUGAAAGACCAGUGCAUCGCCGGGUUCGGUGUGGUGUUAAUCGUUAAGAGUAGAACCUAUUAUGGAAUGGGAUAUUAGCAACUUAACAUUAAGAGGGCUCCCGAAAAAAAAAUAAAUAAAAAGAAACUUCACUCAUUCCUGGUUGAUAUUCUAAUAAGGCAUGAUGGCUACAUCGAAAUUUCCUAAAAUAUUACUAACAGCUCUAAAAAAUACACAUGAAAAGAUGCUUGAAUGGAAAUUAUUUAAUAAAGUUGAUGAUAACUCCAAUAGAUGUAAGUAAUUAUGUAAAAUAGAAGUUUCAUUUUUGUAAAACUAGCCAAUGUUAAUUAGAUCAAUCAAAGGAAUUUAACUGUAAAUACUAUAAUGUUUUUGUAUAACUGACUGUUCCGUCUAGAGUAGCUAAAAUAAAUGCUGCCUACGGACCAGUCACUUGUUGUUGUCUUUCUGUAGUAUACUCUGGAAAUACUAUUGUAAUAAAGCUGACUUGAGUUGAGUGUGUGCUUCUUUCGGUAUUUGAGUUGUAUUUUUUUUUUCUUACAGGGACAAGAAAAUGAUAUCAUCCUGCUUUCUCUGGUCCGGAGCAAUGCACAGGGCAAAAUUGGUUUCCUGUCAUCGAUAAACCGCUUGUGCGUGGCCAUCUCUCGAGCGCGGUGUGGUCUUUAUCUAUUCGGCAAUAAUUCGCAGUUAAGAAGGGCAUCUAGCAGAGGCUGGGAGGUAUAAAUGUCGUUAAUUUUACGUCCUUUAAAUUAGUCUUGUAUUGGGCUAAAAAAGUCUUUGGUGAUUCUGGAAGCUUCGGCUAUAUAAAAGAGGAUUGUCAUCACAUAAUUAUUAGUUUAGAGCUGCAGGCUAAUUUAAUAAGUGAUUAUAGGUCAUUAUUAUAUCACUGAUUAGAAAAAGAUAUAUUUUCUCACUAGAUUAUCAGCAAAUCAAUGGCAGAGAAAGGGCUUCUUGGCACGCAUUUUCCAUUUCGUUGUCAUGGAGAUUCGGUUAGUAACUUAUACUGAAUUCAUUGAUGCAUUAAAAACCCAAGUCAAGGCCUCGGUCUGAGAUUUCCCUGUAAUGACCUCACUCUCGGUUAAUAAGUGGUAAAUAGAAACGACAAAAAAACAACAAAAAUUUGGCAAAUUGCAUUUGUAAAAUGCUGAAAAACAAGUCGUAGCACCGUGUGAAAUUACUGGCAAAGAUAUUUGAAUGGUAAUGCCGUAGGAUUAUCUCAUAUCAAACACAAACGCAACAUUUUAUUCGGCGCAUAAUAUCAAACCGAGAGCGGAGACUUAAAAAUGCCUCCGGAGGGCAGUGUUUUUGAUGAAUUUAUUAGUGUUUAAUUUAUAAUGCAACAAUGUUUCCAGUGACUGUUAAACUAAUCAGUGAGUUUGAGAAAAUCCAUCAGCUAUUAGACCUGACUUUUGUUUUAUGCUGGCAAAAGUUAAAAGCACUCACUUAGAAGAGCACUGUAUAGCCACGAUACUCCGUUUAAAUGGCUCUUUUCUUAAAAAAGGACCUCGGUCCUUGCUCAAACGCAUUUGGUAGUUAUUUAGACUGCAAAACAAAAUCGGUUUUGCGAGGUUUCUCUCCGUUUCACCCUUGUUCCAAACCCUUUGUUUGUUUGCUCUCGUUCUUGACUUACGCAAAAAUACAUGCUGUUUCGUAGUCUAGAAGUUAAUUUAAUCUAUGAGACCAAAUUUACGCACUUCACGUAUUUCAGUUGUCUGCCCUUUUUUUGUUCUUACCAGAAAACAGAAAGGCACACUGAGAGUCCUGUUGCCACCACUUCUGCAAGUAAGAAAAUGAAAUGGAACUCUCUUAAUAUUUCCUAGAAUCGCAUAAUUAAGUAAAAUCUCGCAUUCUGAUUGGUUAACGAAGCGAGGUAUUUAGUGUGGAAUUGCGAGUUGAAAACGAGGCUAAGCGAUAUUGUUUCGCAUCUACGUAACAACUAUCGUCAAAUUCUAACACAACAACAUGCAAAAAAGGUUUUCUACAAUGUCAUUUUAAAAUGUUUUCAAAACCAUUCAUUGUCACUUUUUGAAGAGUUAAAAACAAACAAAAGCGUUUUUUAAAGUGAGCCGGAGGUUCUUCCUUGUUUUGAACUGAACUACAGAUUCUCGAAGAGACAUAAAACCUCUUUCACUCGCGACAACCAGAAAACAAGAAAAUCCUGUUAACGCGGCCCAGAAAAUGGCAAUCCAAAGUUCAACCAAACAAAACGGAGAAGCGACAACGGAGGAAGUGCCGGGGUCGAUUGUCCCAUAUACAGAAGAAGAAAUAAAUACCUUCAAAGAGGACAUGGCCCCUGAAAACACGAAAAAGAGUACGCCGCUUGCAAUCGUCCUGAAUCGUGGUACUUAGAAAAGUACAAAACAGAGCUGAACUUGAACAGCAUUUCUAAAACAUUUCAAGGUACUUACCUUAUAUCAAUCGCGACGUUAAACAUGUUAAACUUUCAGUGCUUUCGCUUGGACACUUGAUUUCUUUCAGUUUUGCCGCCGAAGAGGUAAAAGGUGUAAAUUAUUUUCCUUCUCGAGCAAAUGACCAAUUUGAAAAAAGACGUUCUACAUAAACGGCUUCUAAAUUCAGUAAAAUACCUCUAUUUAUCCUUACGAUUAGUGUCAAGCUUGUUUACAUGUAAAAAAGUUUGAAAACAAAUGUGAAAACAAGCACAAGGUACAAAAAAAGUUGUCGAAGGUUCAAACGUGUACGACUGACCUUGCUUCCUAUUCGCUAAAGCAAUGACAGUUCUGACAGUUGACUUUGAAAUGGCUUUCUGGAGCGCGCGCUCAGGAUAAAAACAAACAAUAUUAUUGCUGUUUUCUUUUUUUUUCUUCUGAUUUUUAUUCAAUUAUGCGAUUCAAGGAAAAUUCAUUAUCUGGCUCGAGUAAAUUGCACUUGAAAACCGAUAUCGCACUCAUCGCUUCGCGAUUCGUGCGAUAUCGGUUUUCGCGUGCAAUUUAACGUGGAAUUCCCUCAUCAGGUAAUGAAUUUUCCUAUAAUAUUUUCCAGGCGUUUCCUUAGAAUCAUUUUUUGACUCGCCCCAACUUUCGAUCAUUUUCAACGUCCAAAUCGUUCGCACUUCAAAAUACGCCUCCUUUGCAGGCUAAUUUCCUGUUUUACUUAUUCUUUCGUUCUUUCGUUCAUUCAUUCAUUCAUUCAUUCAUUCAUUCGUUCGUUUAUUUAUUCAUUUAUUUAUUUAAAUAUUUAAAUAUUUAAAUAUUUAUUUAUUUAUUUAUUUAUUUUUGUUUAUUUUGUAUCAAUUCUGUGCUCGGAGUGUUGUAUUCCUCGUUUUCAAACACGUGACAAGGGCCAUGUUUUUGGACAAAACAAUAAAAAAAUAUUCGCAGAAUUUGUAUGAAAAAAUUGUUUAGGAUAGCAACACUUUUGAGGGGGGCGUCUGUACACAAGCUAUUGUCUACCAGCGUGGCAGACUUCACUGUCUGUUUUCUAAAACAGUCUUGACCUUCACUGGUCCUGCGCUGAGGCACAGAUUGAAUAGUUUGAAGUACGUGAUAUGAAGCUGUUAUUCGUCCUUACUCCUCCUUUAGGUAGUCCAAUUAACAUCACGAUUACUGACUCUCCGCAAGCAAAUGUUAUCGUAGCAGGAAACAGCUCAGUGAAUACUAUAAACACCACCGAUUCAGGUUAGAAUCGAAAGAAUUUACUUGAAUAAGUAGAGUAUAUUUACAAAUAAUGACAUAUUUUUGAUGGUGGCACCUCCACUAGAUGACUUUUCGUCUAUGACCUCAGCGUAACACGUACAAUCGUUUUUGGAAAUAUCUCUCGCGAACGUUGGAACGCCACCGAAAAUAGGGAAGAAUGGAAGCUCUGACUUAUUGCAACUUAAUAAAAUGAUCUUUCCGAUCGCAUUAGCGUUUUGAGGGAAAACUGGAGUACCAAGAGAAAAACCUCUCGGGGUGAAAAAAAACCUCAAUCCACUGAUGGCGCUUCAGCGCCAGGAUUUCCAGCCCCAGAGGCGAAACGCAAGUAGUGAAGAAAAACAACAACACUAAAAAUACAAGUAAUGCAGUGGAACCCUGCUUUACGGACACGUCGUUAUUACGGACAGUUUUGUUUGGUCCUUGAGGAAAUCCUUUACAUCUUCCCUUAAUUCCAACCCAUUUACUGAGUGAACGUUUGCAUCACUAACAAAUGAUCAGCUUUCAACAUAUACUCUGAUUAUCAAAGAACAUAAAAUGGUAAAUUUCCUUGAUAGAGGGUCCUACCACUUAGCUUAAAUGGCUAUGUCACGCUAUUUACUUUCUUUUCAAAACGCUGAAACGUGUCUUUGCAUAAAUUGAAUUCCAAAUAAUAAUAGUAAGGACCAUAUUUAGCUAUUGAAACUGUUUGUUGUCGUCUUCUGCUAGGGAUGGCAAGGGUGGACAAGUAUUGAAACCUGAAAAAAUGGGCAAUUCACGUUUUAAUAUCAUAGGUGACGAAUUACUCCUUAAUUUUGGCGCGAAAUUUCAGCGUUAAUUUGUGAAAUUACAAAAUUGCCAUGGCAACCUUCCGUACGUCUCAGUGUCAAGAUGGCGACGAAGUUUUAAAAUGUCUUGAAUGAAGAUGUCAGGGCACAAAAACACACGCAAGAGCACGAAAGAGCACAUCAAGAAGGAUUCUAACGUAUUUUGUCGAAAAACUCUGAACUUAAGCCAAAUUUAAGCUCUAAACGCUCGAGAGAGUGCAGGAGUUCUCAAUCCGAUACGAUCCAGGAUAAACAUGUCGAAAAUCCAAGAUUGCUAACGUAAUUCGUCACCCAUGAUAUUAAUGGGUAAUCAAAUGGUAUACUCGUGAAAUUAGGGAAUAAUUUCACUUGCGUUUUGUCCAAAUCCUAAUAAUUUCCCUCGCGUAAAGACUCGGGAAAUUAUAAGGAUUUGGACAAAACGCGCGUGAAAUUAUUCCCUAAUUUCACUCGUCACCAUUUGAUAACAUAUACUAAUGCCAUGCGUGCCAGUCACCAAAAGUAUUAUGUUUUGUGCUCCCCAAAAAUUUGUUUGAUAACUUCGUCAUAACUCCAGAGAAGUAUUUUCGUCAUGACAUAACCCCUUUAAAAAAUCCAAAAAGCUAUAGCCUUUUUAAAGAGUAUACUACGGUAUGCAAAUACCAAAUCAAUAUCUGUAACAAAAUUGCUGUUUCAACCGUUAUAACUUGAUGGCAUUUUAAAUGUCUAUACUUCUAAUUAUUAGAAAAUUAGUAUAUUAAUUGACAAAAAGGGGAUCUCCCUUGACAAGCUCGAUAGAGCUUGCAAAGAUCCCCUGGGACUUAAAAGAAAAUCUUUACGUUUCAUCAGGUUUGUUUGAUAAUAAAUAUGGCUAUUUUUAUAUACGAAAUUUCCGUUGAUUAAAUUCUUCUACAUAUUUUUAUCUAUACUUCUACAGGGCAUUCUCUAUCAGUUACGACGUCCUCCCCACACAUGGGUACACACACACCAUCUCAAAUGUCUGCGAAAAUACCUGUUCAGGAUCCAAAGUCACCACUUCAAGAUGUCGCACCUACCUUUAACCUAAGGAAACCCAGGCUAGCCCCUCAGGACGCAAGGUCACCCACCCAGGUAACUUCAGACGGAGAGAAAUCUCGUGAUUUGGGUGAGGGCGAGACAUUGAAAGAUAGUCCGGUUCAAGAGUCAGUAAACCUAAAGGGCAGCGUAGACAACACGCUCUCAGGCCUGGUACAGUUUACAGGUGAACAGGUCUCUGAAGUCAAGCCAGUGAAUAAACGGGAAGAGGAACAAAGCAAAGAGGAGGCGACGAGAGAGCAACCUGAAGUCAGCACUGAGGAUUUUCCUUCAGGUAUUGAAGGGUUUAAUGAAGAGAAGUUAUUGCAAGAGACAAAUCAGCCUGGCAAAGAUGACGUAAGAGAGGAGCAGCCCUUGCAGCCUUUUGAAGAGUUUGACAAAGAGAAGCCUGUACAAGAGACGAAAGAACCUACCAAAGAUGACAAGAGCGGAGAUAAGUCUUCGAAGAGUUUUGAAGAUACUGAAAAACGAAAAACACUACAGCAGAGUCCAGGCAAUGAAACGGAAGGUCUUUCUGAGAGUAAACCUUUACAGGAAAGCGCUAAUUUCGCGGUCAAGACUAAUAGUACCGUAGAAGAGGAGGUCCGUCCUACUCAGGAGACCGUGAGUCCAAGUACAGGACAUACUGAGGAAUCUGAUCAAGAUAAGAGCAAGUCGUUGCAGGAGACAGGAGAACCAAGCCAAAGGCAAGAGGCGAAAGUAGAAACCACAGAAGAAAGUCAAACGGGCCAAGACGUGUCUUCAGUUGACAAUCCUGAUGUGAAACGACCUAAGCAAGAAACUGUCAGCUCUGAAGCUAACUCCGACAGUUUGAAAGAAGAGGCUGUCCCCACCCAAGAAACCAUGGCCGCUGGCAAGGGACCUUUUGAGGAGUGCGGGCUUGAAGUAGGGGUCAAGGCGCACCCAAGGGACGAGAUACACGACGUGCCUCCAGCAGAGAAUUUCAAGUCGAUUCAACCUAAGCAAGAAACAGCGAGCUCUGAAAAAGAGUCGGACAGUUUAAAUGAAGAGGCUGUUCCCACUCAAGAAACCAUGGCGGCUGGUAAAGGACCUUUUGAGGAGUCCGGUAUUGAAGUGGGGGUCAAGGCGCAUCCAACUGACCAGAGAGAAUAGUCACUUCUAACAGCCUAUGUCAAAGCUCGCCUUCCUCAAGGCCAUAAAUGCCUAAGUGUGGGAAACAGCCCAAUUGCUUUGAUUGUGAAAGUUGAGUGAGAAUAAGCAGAGACAACUUUCAGAAUGUUUAGGCUAGAGGUCAGAACUUAUGUCAAAGACGAAGUCAUUGGCGAAAGAUUCUCGCAAUAAGCGUAAAUUUGUAUAAAUACCUUUUCAACGACAUAACGGCGGAAAACUAAAAUUAAUAAUUAAUUCUUUCUCAGUCGCUAGGUAAAGCAAAUUCAAGACCUAUCUUUUUGGGAUAAUUUACACUGUUGAAGAAGGGGCAAACAAUUAAUAGUUAGUAAAUUAGAAGAUUAAUGACACAGAAUGUAUUUUUUUGUUCAAGUUGUCAUUAGUAUAUGAGUUUGAAGUAACUAAUGUGCAAUGGGCUUUCCUUUCAUGAGGAGCAUUGAUAAGCCAUUCUGUUUGUAAAUUUUACUGAAUAAGGCGCCAUUGGAUUUAUUGGAAAAUACGCUAUACAAGGAAAGGAUUUAUUAUUAUCAUUGUUAUUGUCAUUGUCAAUGUCAUUGUCAUUGUCAGACAGUAUUAUUAAUUAUUAUUAGUACGUGUAAUCAAAUGGUGACGAGUGAAAUCAGGGAAUAAUUUCACUUGCGUUUUGUCCAAAUCCUAAUAAUUUCCCUCGCCUGAAGACUCGGGAAAUUAUUAGGAUUUGGACAAAACGCAAGUGAAAUUAUUCCCUAAUUUCACGAGUAUACCAUUUGAUUACCUGUUAAUAUCAUG